GGCGCAUGCACUAUAAUUGACAAAGAGAACUAUUUAUAGAGCUGGGAAUAAUUAUCUGUUGGAGAUGAAAGAUGUUUUCUGAUGUUGAUGCUGGUCCUGUUUGUGUGUGUUUAAAAGAUGACAAGAGGCACCUUCUAACAAGCUGUAUGGACAUAUAAAGAAAUUGAGGGCUGUGGAGGUGUGUGGGGGGGGGGGAGAAUUUUUAUGGGCAGGACAGCUUACAGUGAGACAUAGCCCAGUGACUGCUGCGUGAACAGGAAACUGGCAAAAGAUACAGUAACGCUUACAGCCAGAGAGUACUUUAGAGAGGGUGGGAUAAACCGACGUAGAGAUAAUUGCUUGUCUGGGGAAGCGGUUUCUGUUCUCGGAGGGAUUUACGCAGCAGCAGGAGAUCAGUGUAUUAGGAGGGAUAUGGUGAGAUGCAGCAUCAGACGACUCUACCAGAAAUAACAGCAGAAUAAGAUGGCUUGGUACAGCUAUCGCUUUGUGUUUCUCCAAGGAAAAGAUACCAGGCAAGAUGUGUUUUCCAGUAGGGGUGACUGGUUGUACUUGUGGAGAGAAGAAUGAGGCAGUUGUUUGUGCACCGGAAGAGAAGUUAGAUCAGGCAGUUGGUGUGCACUGGAACAGAAGGUCAGUCAAGGACUGUUGGAUGUGCACGGAAAGAUAAUAUAAAUUGAAUCGGUUGGAUGUGCACAGGAAGAGAAGAUGGCUGGGGGGCAGUUGAAUGUGCACAGGAAGAAAAAAUGGAUAGGGGGCAGUUAAAUGUACACAGAAAGAGAAGGUGGCUUGGGGGGCAGUUGGAUGUGCACGGGAAGAAAGCAUGGCUGGGGGGCAGUUGCAUGUGCACAGGAAGAGAAGAUGACUGGGCGGCAGUUGGAUGUGCACAGGAUGAGAAGAUGGCUGGAGGGCAGUUGGAUGUGCACAGGAUGAGAAGAUGGCUGGAGGGCAGUUGGAUGUGCACAGGAUGAGAAGAUGGCUGGAGGGCAGUUGGAUGUGCACAGGAUGAGAAGAUGGCUGGAGGGCAGUUGGAUGUGCACGGGAAGAGAAGAUGGCUGGGAGCAGUUGGAUGUGCACAGGAAGGAUAGAUGGGGAAGGAGUGGGUGUGUGUGUGUCUGUGUAGAGAUGGGACAGUAGAUUGUAUAUGGGCAAGAUGGAUCCAUUAGGUUUAUGGUCUCUGGAUGAUAAGUGCUAUAAUUGGUAUUAGUGGAGAGAAAGUAAGGAGUGUGUUGUUGUUUUUUUUUUUUUGUUUGUUUGUUUGUUUUUUGCUGAAAAGGGGAACAUUUGUAUGUGAAGGAUAGCUGAAGGGCACUAGGAUGUGGUUUGUAAGAUGUUGCUAGUUCCUGCUUGGGAAGGUAAUGUGUGAAUGGCUGUUGGGAAGGGAAGAUGGUGCUGUUGGGAACACUCAAUAUGGCGAGAGCAGUUUAUUUUUUUGGGAGAGAAGAUGGAUAUGUCUUAUUGCUACAUUCCAAUAUAUGUGUUGUGUUUUGCUUUUUCUUGUUGUGUUUUUUUUUUAAAUUUUGUUUAUUUCUUUUAGGUUUUUAUUCCGAUUUGGGAAGUCUAAUAUGCCAAAAAUGGGUGAAUAAUUUAUAAGGAUCUGUGAAAUGACAAAAUAGGAAGUCAGGAUCAUGGGACAGAAGAAGAAGCCAUGUCCCCGCUUGCUGGAUUACCUUGUAAUCGUUGGUGCCAGGUACGUCCCUUAUUGUGUACAUGCUAAUAUUGAACCCUAAAUAGUGGCCGUUAUUAUUAAUUGUUAAUGCUCUGCACCUUUCCUCUGCAUUGUUCCAUUUCCUGUGCUGAUUCCUUUUGUUGUGUCCUUACACCUGUCUGUCAUCACACUUUAGCUGUGAGUUUACAAUUGAUUUGCAAAAAAUUAGGCCAAAAUGUCUUCAUUGUAAAUCCUUUGCUCCUCUCCCAUUAUUUAUUCCUGUCAUGGAUCCAUAGCCCCAAUGUAUUCCCAUGUCGCUGGGUUUGAUACUUCUUUUCAUUUCUGCUGUUUUAGUCUACAGUUUGCUGUUCAGUUUUUCCACAAUAGCUGAAUAAACUUCAACUGUAUAUAUCUAACCAGGCUGCAAAUCUAUUGUGUCCUCUUCUUCACAUGUGCUGAACCAUGCCUCCUGGCUUGGUUCCAUGCAGCGCAUGGCGAUCAAUGCCUCCUGGCUUGGUUCCAUGCAGCGCAUGGCGAUCGAUGCCUCCUGGCUUGGUUCCAUGCAGCGCAUGGCGAUCGAUGCCUCCUGGCUUGGUUCCAUGCAGCGCAUGGCGAUCGAUGCCUCCUGGCUUGGUUCCAUGCAGCGCAUGGCGAUCCAUGCCUCCUGGCUUGGUUCCAUGCAGCGCAUGGCGAUCCAUGCCUCCUGGCUUGGUUCCAUGCAGCGCAUGGCGAUCCAUGCCUCCUGGCUUGGUUCCAUGCAGCGCAUGGCGAUCCAUGCCUCCUGGCUUGGUUCCAUGCAGCGCAUGGCGAUCCAUGCCUCCUGGGUUGGUUCCAUGCCUUUGGAUUUCUUCUCACAUCUCAUACUUUUCAUAACACUUCUCACUGUACUCACCGCGUCUUAAUCUUUAAGCCCUUGCGAAUUUGAUCAGUCUAGAAGUUUCAUUUUUAAGUCUGUAUGUAUUUAAAAAAUAAUAAUAAUAUUACUCGCAUAUAACAGUUUUUAUUAGAGGAGACCUCCUCUUGAUUUAUCUUAAUUUCCUUUUCUUUACUGUUGAUCUCCUUUGAGGAGUUGUUGUUGUUGCAUUUAGUGGCAGGUUAGCCAUAACCAAUAUUCUCUCUCUAAUCUCUGCCAGACAACCAAGCAGUGACAGUGUUGCUCAGACCCCAGAGCUUCUUCGGCGUUACCCACUUGAAGACUACCCUGAAUUUCCUCUGCCCCCUGAUGUGGUAUUUUUCUGUCAACCAGAAGGAUGCCUGAGUGUUCGGCAGAAACGUAUGAGCCUAAGGGAUGACACCUCGUUUGUCUUCACACUUACUGAUAAAGACAGUGGAGUCGUCCGCUAUGGAAUCUGUGUUAAUUUCUACCGCUCCUUCCAGAAACGUAUCCCAAAGGACAAAAGCAGAAAGCCACCCAAACCAGCACCAGAAAAUGUGUGUGAGGGCAGUGAUGGAGGACAUUCCUUGCAGACUGUAAGUGCAGAAUCCACCCCUGAUGUCAACCAUUCCCCUCGUGGGACACGUCUGUCUAAAGGAGUCCAACGAUCUCGGAACAGCACCCUAACUUCACUUUGUAUUAUCAGUCAUUAUCCAUUCUUCUCCACCUUCCGGGAGUGCUUACACACAAUCAAACGGCUGGUGGACUGCUGCAGUGACAGGAUGGUCAGCAAGAAGGCUGGGAUCGCAAAAGGUGUACAGAGGUAACAUGCACCUUUAAUUUAUUCAUUACUAAUAGUAUAUUUCAGAACAGAAAUAGUUAUUUUCUUUCUUUUUUUUUCUCCAUAGUAUUUCUAUGUGAUUUGUAGUUUACUUGUGGAAGACCUUGUCGGCUUCAGGUGACUCACAAUGUCUAGUGCACACUUAACGUUGUGGGACGUGACGUGAAAGAUUGCACACUGGUAGUUAAUGUUCAAUGGGUUCAAAGACAGGUGUUCGCUUAAAGGGAUACUUCAAGUUCAACUUCCACUCACCCUUAACGUGACCAAAAGUGGAGGUUUUCAGCCCUGCAUACUCCAUGGGUUAAAAUAGACACAGGGCUAGAUUUUGAUGAGGUACUUUUGGGGGAAAGGUCGUAGGAGGAAAUGUCGGCACCCUCGCCCCCCCUGAAAAAUGGAACAUGAAUGCAGUAUAAUCUGCUUUAACAAAAGGUAGCUGGUAUGUUGAGGUAAGAUUUCUCUGUUUUGACUGGUUACUUAGAAUAUCAUUCUGCAUAUGGUGGAGUGCACAAUGUAUCUUGUCUCCCUUCCUUCCAUUGAAUCUAGCAAAGCUUCAAACAACCACAAUGGCAUAUUUUGACAGCAGAAAAUUUAAAUUUUUAAAUGGAAAGAAUAAAGUGUCGGAUUGACAGCUUAGAGCAGUUAAUGCUAACCGUAGCACCCCAGAGAUGUCAGACACUUUUUUUUGUCCAGAAUCCUUUGUUUUAUUGUUUUAUUAUCUUAAACUAUAUGUGCCGCACUCUCAGAAAUUGCCAUUAUGUUGGCCUGAAAUGUACCAGUUUAGAGGGUGACGGUGAAUUUGGAGGAAUAGACUGUAGCCCCGUGCCUAGCUGUUGAUUAACUACAACUUGCAUGAUGUUUUGUCCGCUAUAAAGCUAAAAAUUGGUUACUGCUGUGAUCUACCUUUUGGCAAGCCCAGGUAGAGUUAAAGGCUUAUUUGGUUGGCAUAUACUUUUCUCUAAAAGUGCUGCUGUUCUUUCGGUGUGACACACAUCUGUUUUAACGGUUUACCCCAAGUAAUAUGACCAUUUCACUGAUAUGAAGUAGACAUGUUGCUGCUUGGAGUCUGUAUGUGCGGUGUUUUUGAUGCCAGGAAUGUAACAUCAUUAGCCAGCCAGUGGUGAGCGUUCCAGGCUGCGUAAAGUUAAAUCUUGUGCAUACUUGGUGUCGGUCGUCAGCAAGAACAGAAUGCUGGCGACAAACGACCAAUGGCAGCAUGACAACUUUUCUUUCUGUUGGGAAGAGGGGGACACUUGACCAAGCCCUUUUGAGAUCAAACAAAGCUGCAGUAAUUUUAUCUAUUUUUCCACUUUUAGAGAAUCCUAAUAAAAAAAAAAUAAAAAAAAAAAAUACUAAUCUGUAAUGUCUUUGUCAAUCCCUUUAUUUUUAUUUUUUUUUUCAAUGUGGAGGCAUUGAAAAAACACAUUACACAGUACAGGAAGUAUAACAAACCGGCAAAUGCGUACUACCAAAGCUUAUCCAUGGUCUAAACAUGAGAAUUAUAAAAUAAAUAAUCUCACACCUAAGUGUGCCUUUUUUUUUUUUUUUUUCAAACCUGCAGAAUUUUAUAGCAUUCAAGCUAGGCAUACUUGUCCAAACAUUAACGAUUUUCAGCAGAUUAAUAAUGCCAGUACUUGUGUUGUCAGACAGUUAAAGACAACUGGAUCCUAGUACACAGUCAUCUUACCACACCAUCAAAACAAAUUAGAGAAUAGGGGAGAUCACAUCAAAUAAAAACAAAAAGAUGUAGAAUGGCAUCUAUUAACAGCAGUGGUGCUUAGACAUUAGGCUGGAAGGCCGCACUUGGUAGAGGAACUUUCAUUAGCCAAUUCCUAAGCUUGGGAAGCGUAGGUUACAUGCCGGGUGAUCGGUGGCAGUGAAACUGGAGUGAGGUAAGGCCUCCAGCCCCAGGCCUAUGUGAAGGCCAGCUUCUGUGAGCCACUGGCUUGGGGGAUCUUUGAGUCCAAGUCUUUCCCAGCCAGGAAAUAGCAGAUGGUUGUUAUCACCAUCCUCCGCCUGUGUGGGCAAUGCAAUGGGGCCGAGCCUCGAAUGGCCUUCAGCCUAGGAGGGCAAUGGAGAUAAGAUUUGUUACUUGUGGGAGUAUAAUGCCAGAGGGAGGCCCAAUCUCCACCAGCUUCACGUUCCUCCGAUCUGCAACCUGAGGCCAAAAUCUUGAUGUUACUGCUGGCUCCUCCAUCAAAGCUUUGCUCACAGAUUAGGCAGGAGUGGCUGUCUGAGGGUGGAUGUGCUUCGGAUCUUCACAAUGGGGACCGGGGUCACCCCCACCGCCCCAUAGAGGGGGGUGGGGGGUACGGGGCAAUACAGGUCCACUGCAAGGGCCUCUCCUGCUUGACGCUUCCACUAGGCCUCACUGAAGUCUGCAAGAGACUCGAUGGCUGGCACUGUCUGGUACUGGUCCGGAGCAUGCUGUUAGGGUCUGAGAGUAGGUCGCCAAUCGUAUCGAGAGUGUUGUGUGUCAAUUGGCUUGCUGCAAACAAGGCUUAGUAAGGAGCUCUCUCAAGAGGUGUCUGGCUGCUAUGAGGCCCAGUCCCCCUGUAAUGUCUCUUAAUACGUAUUGUUCAUAAACAGGGCUUAUGAAAAUUUUUAAUUGGACCGAAAAUGUCACACUUUAUGGUUGUUGUUUUUUUUUGUUUGUUUGUUUUGUUUUUUUAAAUAAAAAUAUACUUGAAUUUUUAUUUUUAUAGAUUUGUGAAAAAUGUAUAAAUUGCAUGGUUGCUCAUUAUGUGAAUGUGAUUCUGUUUAACCCCUUAAGGACACAUGACAUGUGUGACAUGUCAUGAUUCCCUUUUAUUCCAGAAGUUUGGUCCUUAAGGUCUUCAAAUAUUUAACCAUAAAGCAAUAUUUUGAUUGGAUUUUAUGUUUUCAGCCACUAUCUGUUACCCAAAAAUGCACUGGUGACAAUAAAUUAAUGGGAGCAGUUAGAGUAAAAAUAAACAUAUUAAAUUAUUCAAACUUUGAGAUUUAUAACGAAAACACCACUUUUGAAUCUUAAAAGCCAAAUUACAAAGUCUCGGCAAAGGUAACCAAACUGUGGAGAAAAUAAAUCCCUUACAAUUGAAUUGUGGUCACUGGUAUAAACUGCAGUUUAACUGAAACAUAAUUUGUUUAAACCCCUUUGUUACAGAGUCACUCACAUGUGACCGAGCCAGUUUUCUAGAUUCUGAGCUUUUUUUCUCAUUGCUUUCCACUGCUUCUAAAUGCAUCAAGUGAUCUGGCACACUGGAAUUAUUGGUGGUACAUGAACUGUCUGUAGUUAACAAGAAUUAAGUUGUAACGGAAUGUGUUUGCACACUUGCCUAAUCUUUGGUUGCUUCCUCUAUGUCCUAAGGCAUUGAGUUCCGUAUCUCCAUUUCCCAAUAGUAAACUUGAAAAUGACAAAAAUGUACAGGGACUAUCUAAGCACCAUGGCGAUUUAUGGUUUAUAGCCAUCGUUGUAUGCAAGCGUCUGGGCUCAGCUCCCCUUCCCUUUUUGUAAAUUAUUUUUUCAGUGGUUUGACAAUAAAUUAGGGCAUAACAUGCUCCCAAAGUUCAACAACUUUGCAGCCAUUGAGAUAAGGAGGAAUUUCACUAGCUCGAUUACCCAUGGAAAGCCAUUCAGACUUGGAUGGCAGUAUUGGUCUGAAAGCGCUGUGGGUGUGGUUAGACCAGCACUUAAUAUGAUUUCUAAGAAAAACAAUAAAUUAAGUUAACACUUUUUAGUCAUUUUUGGGGGGAUUUCGGGUUAUCCACUUUUGUAGCCGAGGUGCUUUUAAUAAAGUGUAUUCGGUUAUAUAUAUGUUUCUAUAUUCCUUUUUAAUGGCUACAUGUAAGAAAAAAAAUACAAUCCUUAGAAGUUUAAAGGAGCACUAUAGAAAUACAUACCUGUGUUCCCAGUACUAUAGUGCCGCUGUCCUUGGCUGUAUUAAUACACCCCCUCCCACCUCCAAAACUGUUUAUCCUAAAAAUUAAUAAAAUGAUUUGCUUACAUUUUUCCAGUACCAAGGCACACUCUGCGGCGAUUAUCUUUCCACCUUCUGCAAUGUCAUGGGGGAGGCAUGGCCUCCUUUGUGAUGACCAAAUCCAUUGCUUCCCAUAGAGGAGCAUUGUGGACAUAAUGUGCAUGUGCAAUCAACGCUUGUCGUACAUUCAAGCUUGCCUAUAGGGAAGCAUUGUAUUUAAUGCUUGUAUGUGGAUUUCGCAUCAUGUGACCAUAUCAGUGCAGCAGAAGCGCCUCUAAUGGCUGUCUGGUUGACUGCCAUUAGAGGUGGAUUUAACCAUGGAAUGUAUUCAUUGCAGCUUCUACGUUACAGGGUUAAAAGGACAGGAACACUGGACACAGGCCGUUUCAUUGAGAUCAACUGGUCUAGGUGACUGGUGUCCCUUUUUAGUUUAAGAUUUUUAAUGGACAUUGUUUUAAACUGUACAUUAACCUUAGAACUAAAUGGUCUUUAGCGCCCAAAACAUACAAUUUGUUGUUUUUUUUUGUUUUUGUGAGAUAGUGUUGCAUGUUUGAGAAGUUAAGCUAACCUGGUUCUAAAAUAAGCUGGCAGGAUUCUUUACAAUGUUAAAAGUGAAAUCUCAGAUCAUGGAUAUCUGCAGUUAGCUCUGCGGUUAAUGCUGUGAUUGCUUUGUAGAGAGUUUCAGUUGUCUGCACGUUCAGAUCAGACGUUCAAUACCUGCUGAAAUCCCAGUUACCAUUGAAUCGGGAAAUAAUUGUACCUAGAACCCAAGAUGUACCUCUCUUUUAAAAGUAGGAAAAGCUCAAUCUACUAUUCCCAUCUAUAUCCUUACCACAAGCAGUUAUUAGGCCUGGGGUAGCGAAGGGGCCUCAACAUACGUUUGGAUUGUAUUUUCCCUUCUAUCCUCGAAUCACAAUAGUAUUCUAGUUUGGACACAAACUUAUUGGGGAAAAAUGCAAUAUGAAGUUGAUUUGUUAACACCGUAAAGAGUCCGUCAAGGGUUUCUGUUUAAGUGCCUCCAUACUUAAUAUAUAAUAAUAUCAUCAUUAUUUGGGUUGUUUUUUAUAUAUAAUUUUUUUUUUUUUUUUUUUUUUAAAAUGACCAAAAGGGCUUUUUAAAAACAAUAUAUAAUAUUAAAAGAAGCCCUUUUCUUUUGCUUAUCUCCUUGGUAAAUCAAGUAGAGUGCCAUCUACGGGCUGUUGUCAGCAUGGCAGGGAGAUAUCCCUCUUAUGGUGAAAUGCCAGCAUACUUUACAGGCUGAUUACAUCGUGAUCAUUAAUGGGCAGCAGGCACAGCCCAACAGCGAUCACAAUCUGCAUGGACCCGUGUAGAUGGACUCUAUCAUGAUUUGUUCAGAAUCUGGGUGUCUACUUUGAGCAACUGCAAACUUGGAAUCCCUGCAGCUGAGCGCGAUAUAUAUAUAAAACAGUACUUGGUGUAUGAGUUGCCCAGAUUGGAUGCCCUUCCAGGCAGCCAGUGACCCUGGCACACAUGCCAGGAGGGCAUUCCCAUUUAUGGGCGGAUACAUUUCUAUUGCUGCUAAGUGCAUCAUGCGCAUGCCCUCCUCUCAGCCAUGGUUCACUUCCAUCUCCCAAUCACUCUGCAUUCUACUUCUAUGCAUUUUAUUCAGGAAUCCUGUAGAUGGGGCCCAUCCUGAUUUAUGUUCCCUAAUGCCAAUUAAAUGACUUCUGCACUUCUAGGACCGGGAGCCAUAAGCUUCUAAAUGCCUGGAGCUGCAUCCUCCUUUUAUUCCAUUAAUUUCAUAUUGAGCCAGAGCGUGGGUGGUUUAUUAAACGUUGAACUUCAUCAAUUGUGUAUGAGUGGAACAUCGGCGCUGAGCCUCAUUGUAUUGAUAGAGAUUUCGUGCGUUUUAUCUUAUACAAAGCUGCAUCUGUUGACACACACACAGCCUCGGAGCAUUGUUUGUCUGUUUGACAUACUUAUAUUGCCAUGGAGCUCUCUGGCUCUUCAAUAGAUAACUGUUGGCGUCUUAUGUUUUGAGUAUUUUUAUAUUGAAUUUAAUGUAUUAUUCUCUUAGGUGUGCUAACUUCUAGAUGUAUUCUUUCCCUAGUGAGCAAGGGUCCGUAUUCUAACUGUAAAAAAGAUGAGAUUAUUUGGGAUUUGAGGCCUGCAAGCUCUGACCCCAUAACACACUGUAAUUUUUUUUAUUUUUAUAAAGAGAGAUUGGGCAUUUCAUAUUUACCUUUUCAUAGUUCUCUAGUAUUUGCAACAAGAAAUUAAGUUUAUUUUUAUUUUAUAUAAAAAGCAAUAUUUUUAAAAAGUAAAUCUGACUGCAAUCUAUAGUUCUUUAUCACCCAAAUCAUGAUUGACUGCGAGUUGAUAUUGGCAACGGACUUGUAAGCCACAAUGGGAAAGAAUAUCCACUUCUGCUGGAUAUAAACAUAUAUAUUUUUCCUCAGGGCACCAUUACAACUUAAUCGUAAUUAAAUUAUUAUGGCACCAUUAGGUCCUAGGCACUGGCUUACCUUUAGGGGUUGAGCCUUUCAUGGACUGUUUAACCCUAAUAUCUUGAAUCCAGCGGGGUUUAGUGUAGCAGACUCCAUUCCCUUAUGUUCAGUUGUCCGUACCCCCUGGUUCGUCUCCCGAAAGGUGUGUGUGUCCCCUUGUUAUGCCCCAGUAAACACCGACCUACCCUGGCUGUUAAUCACAAAUUAACGACUUAACACCUUCGUUUGAGUGCUUUCCCUGGAUGGCUGCCAUUUGCAUAACCGAACGCACAUAGUCCAGUACAUGGCGGCUAUUUCGUCUCCCGAGCACAGGCAGCCGUACUUGGUCAUCAAACGCAUGGAACUGUUUUUGGCCUCGCGAACCGGCACAAAGAUGGUACAGCUGACCACCUAGAUGAAUGGCAUUCGGGGAGAUAGGAUCUACCGAACAGGGGGAGCAUUCACUCCAUAGCAGCCAGGGUGAGCAUUGGUCGGUGUUCGCACAGGAAUCCCGAAAGGUCGGUCAAAACUGUGUUCGAUGAUAACUUUCAUUCUACCGAACCAAUCUUGGCACUUUUGGGAUAUGUUAUGCGCUCAGAUCGGGGCUUUUUGGGGGGGUUUCUGUACUAUUUUCAUGUAUUUUGGGGGUAUAUUAAAAUAUCUGCCAGUUUCUGUAUUUAAGAGAUAAUUCAGUUAUACUAAUUGGAGCUAAAUUAUCUCGCAAAGACAGAGGCUCUUGUAAAAUAAAACUUUGUCUUCUUGACUUGGUGCUAGGCGCAAUGCAUAAAAGCUGUGUGUCGUCCAGUUGCUGGGAAGGAGGUGGGGUAUUUACUUGGUAUUUUCUUGUUCCUGAUUCUACUCUUGGAGAUCCAGUGGAGGAAAGUCCCUGCGAGGACAAGGGCUCUGCUACGUUUAGCUCUUCCCCCUGCCAUUCCGCUUCUCUCAGAUUCUUGAAAUAAGAAACCUUGGAAACGGGCGACUUUGAUUGCGUAAGAGCUUCAGGUGACGUUAUAAGCCAACCAGUAGCUCCCCAUUCAUAAAAACAGCUUGAGAAAAAUGUGUUUAAAGGCGAGGUUUGCUGUGUAAAUAAUUUGGGAGCAUAAGGGCAGUGUUAAAUCAAGGUUCAACCUCUAAAGGUAGUCCAUGGACCUCCUGACACCAUAACAACUUUAUUGCAGUGAAGUUAUGGUGUCCGAAGUGUUCUUUUAAGCCUUGAGUGCUGAUGUCACAGUUACAGGAGUAAAUCUCCCAGGGCUACAAAUUCACUCACCAAUGGCUAGUGAUGAGUGGAAAUUUUGAGCCGUGUGUAUUUCUACAUAUAAUUUUUUUGGUGCAAGUCUUUUGUCAGUUACUGUAAAAGCUCUGGUGAAUAAAUAGACCUUACGUGUUUUCCUUCUGUGCUGUUAAAAGUACACUCCAGACCCUUAAAGGAACACCAUAGGGUCAGAAACACGAACCUGUAUGCCUGACCCUAUAGUGUUUAACCCACCAUUUAGGUGGCUUGCCGCCCCUCCCCCCCCCCCUUAGUCUCCUUAAAAGCAAUUAAAACUCCCCUUAUUUCCAGCUCCGCGUGGGUUUGCUGGCACUGGUCCCACCCCUUGGUGACCUCAUCAGAACUGCAGAUUUUUAGCCAAUCCAAUGCUUUCCCGAUUUGCUGAAAUCAGGAAGGGGGCGGGCCAAACGCCAUUUUGGCCAAUCAGCACCUCUUCAUAGAGAUGUUUUGAAUCAAUGCAUGUCUAUAAGGAAAAUUCAGCGUCCCCAUGCAGAGCGUGGAGAUACUGAACGGCAGUGUUGCCUACUCUGCAGCACUGAGCCAGGAGGCACCUCCAGUGGCCAUCUGAGGAGUGGCCACUUGGAGGUGUCCCUAGGGCCAAUGUAAACACUGCCUUUUCUCUGAAAAGGCAUUGUUUUGCAUGAAAAUGCCUGAAGGCAAUGAUUAAAUUCACCAUAACAACUACAUUAAGCUGUAGUUUUACUGGUGAUUAUAGUGUCCCUUUAAAGCUCUUUAGGUUGCUCAAAAGCGUUGUGUGAAGAGUGUGUCCUUUUUAGUUUUAUUCUUUUCAUUUUACAAAAAAAGUGGAUUUCAAUAGAAAUUGGCACUUUUUUCUAUUUUAAUUUUUUAUAAAUUAACCUUGUUACACCCCUUUGGCUGUCAUUUAGACAACAGGUCCUGCUACUUCCUGGUUUGUUUAGCUCAGUGCAGUUGAACUCUAGAGGCAACAAUUUCUCAGAGCACAUGACUCACAAAAACCUCUCAUUGAGCUGCAUUAGGAAGUCUGUGAUUGGACAGCCACAGAAAUUCUGGGCAGGGCUAGAAAGGGAGGGCUUUCAAAGGCAGCAGACAAGAGAACUACACUUUUUGCAAGUUGUAUUUGGUAAUACCUCAGUGAAGCUAUGCGUGCAUGUUUCCCUUGGGGUAAAUCUACUAAAUUAGUGAUUUAUUUAUUUUUUGUAUUUGGCCAGUGGAGUGUCCCUUUAAGCCUGGUUUCUUUAGUUCUUUCUAUUUCUGUGCUAUGACUUAGCUGAUGUAACUGGUCUUCUGGACAUGGUUUGCUGACUGCUGUCUGGGGAAAUAGAACUUAAAAGAUGAUUCAUUGUGUCUUAUUGUAAAAUCUUCUAGCCACCUGCUGGUGCUCAGGGAAGAUGCCAUGUCUUGCUGAGAUUGACCUUUUACAGCUUUUUAUACUCUGUUCUAUUUCCCGUGCAACUAUUCCUCCACCCAAUGCUGUUAGGAUAUGUUAAGUUGUUUUACUGGAGAACAACCAUCAUUUAAAUAUAUUGCAUGGUUAUUAUGGGCAUGAAUUGGGGACCGUUCAGAGUUUAUAAGGUGUAUAUGUAUUUGGGAUUAAAUCAAGCUGCUAUGUCUGUCAGUUACCCUGGCCAAUGGCAACUUUUUAUUUACGGCCACAUUUUUAGACAGCCAGCAGUUUCCAUUCUUGGAUAUUUAAAGUUUCAUUGGCGUCUCUUUUUGAUAGAGAGUAAUAGGAGCCAUUUCAAUGUAACAGGUGAUAUACCCUCCACCGCCCCCUCUUGCAUAAAGCCAUUUUUAUCCAUCUUAGUGACAUGGUCUGCUCGGCACAGACACUUUUUUUUCCUCCGCUUCUUGUAUUCUCCUUGUGGAUGUUCUCUGGUCCAGUCCAAUGCUUGUCACGGAGCGGCACUGGGGGCAGACUGGGCAUGUGUGACAACUGCUACUCACAGAGAAACAUUGAAUCCAAUUCUUAUGUCAGAAGGAUUCACAGCAUUGGUGAUGUCCUGCAUUGAAGUGAAUGGAGCUGAAUGUGAAGUCUUUACGUUUUGUAUUUAAAGUAUCUCUAGUGCUUUUCACUCGGAACACUGCGUACUCUCAAUACAUCUUGGUUAUAAAAUCCAAGGCUUUCCGUGGUACCCAUAGCUUGCCUCCUCUGCAGAAACAGAACUUGAUAAAAAUAGAGGCUGUUGGAGUGUGUGUGUGUGUGUGUUUUUAUGUUAUUUGAAUUGUGAUCAAGCAAUAUUCUAUCUCAUCCAGUCCUGUUAUGGGCCUGUAAGGUGAGUGUCAGUGCAGUCCGGUAAGGAGCCUGUUCUGUUGGAGAUCUUCAAUGUGAUCUAUCUCCUAACGCAAACUGAUAAAAUGCCUUUAUGUGUGCUGUUGCUUGAGCAGACCUCUUAGUAAAUCACUGCUACACCCCCUGAUAACAGUCCUGAUUGGGUGCAACAUUCCAACAAAACAUCUGCUGUAUAUUUGUUUUGGUCUCCAGCUGUCCUGUAUGUGUAUAAUUGGCAUUCUCAUAGGUCAAUCCGAUAAAUAAUGUUUUCAUAACCUCUGUUAUCUUCAAUCCAAACAUUGGAGAUUUAUAGUUCAUAAGAUUUAAACUCACAUCACCACUUUUAAUUAUUAGCAUGUCAUUUCCCUUUUUCUGACGUAAACCGUAGUUAAAUAUUGGGAGUGAAUUCUCGAUGUCGUCCAGUAGUUUUCAUCCGGAGAUUCUGGGUGAACCUAUUUCCCCACCCCAUAGCAGGGAGUAGGAUUAAUGUUCUGAUGACGUACAGUGGGAUUUCAAUUGAAUUUGCCCUUUGUUUUGUGUCUGGUAUUCCAAGCCCGGAUUAUGAAACCGGCCUCUCUAGCAGACUGACUUUAGCUUAUCUUAAGCUUUUUUGUGGCUUUGUAUGAUACUGUGCAGUGUAUACGAACUUACUUGGACAUUAAAUGGGCAGUGUAAUUACCAUGGCUACUUCAAGGCUUUGGCGCUGUUAGACUGCGUGCACCAUCCCUCAGUUCUGGGUCAAGCUGUUAAACUUGUAUUAAUCAAUAUCAUAACUACUUGUAGUGGUUACAAAUUUUAGACUUCCCCUUUAACACCCUGCAUAAUGUUGGGGGUGGGUGGGAGAGGCAUUUUAAUUAAACUGAGAUAAAAACCAAAGGCUCAAAUAUUUUCCAUAUUUGAAUGGUUUAUUGCCAAAGAGAUUUAAAUGGUGUCAACAUGUGGUGCAGCACUGUACAGUAGAAAUAUUAAAAAAUAAAUGAAAAUCGAACAAGUUAAAAUGCAUUGAAUUACUAGAAUGUGUUUACAAUCUCAAGGACUCGAGACUGAAUCUGUUGUUUUGUACGAUGCUUUGCAUAGAAAGAGCAAUUAAAUGCAGACAGCAUCCACUGUCAUCAGGUACCCCGGGGGUGGUGAGCGCUGUGUGUCCUACUUCUUCCAACAGGAUGUACUCCUGUCACAGCUGUACUGUAACAAUUAAAAGGAAAGGUAUCUGACAAUAAGACGUCCUUGAGGCUGUUUGUUGCUUUCACUAAAGUGAACUCAUCCAUAAUAUUGAAUAUCUUUUAUAGAGCUAUUUAGGAAUGCAGACUAUGUCUUCCGAAGUCUCUGGACGUUAGUCAUCUGGGUGGCAUGUUGUACUUUUCUCUGCUGAACCUGUAGCCGUCUAGCGGCAUUCUUCGGUUGGUAGAGAAUUGUGGGAGCUGUAGUCUGGAACUACCUGAAGGAUCAUAGUUUGGUUCUAAUAACGUCACCUGAAUUUUGGGGAAUUUGAACAGGGGUGUUAACUAAACAUUGAAUAUUAGCCAAUUUAAAUCUGGCUGACAAAACUGAGGCACAAAUAGCCAAGCUGUGACUAUGGAAAAGCUGGUUAAUUUUUCCACAUUGGCUAUAUAAAAUUAAUUUUUUUUCCAGUUUUUUAUUUUUUUUAAUUCAUUUUUGUUGUGCAUUGCGACAAUCAUAGAUGCUGACAAAUUGACAGGAUAUUCGGCAGUAGCAUAAUAAUAAGGUAAUACGUGCGCAGAAAGCCAACAUCCAUUAUGAAAGCGUAAACGUUUCCAGCUGAUUAGGCUGCACAUUUUAAAUAAUGAUAGGAAAAUUUCUCCUAUAUGGUAUAUAGAGUUAAUACUUUUAAAUUGAAAUUUCAAGGAAUUAAAAGACUGUGAAUGGGGUCAACAUGGCACACACUGUAAUGAAUCGAGGAAGGAGAGAAUGUUUUUUUUUUUUUUUUUUACCACUUGAGAAAGCCCUGAGGAGAGAAAUGCGUUGUGGAAAUUUUAACAAUCUAUUUUAAUAAAGGUAUUUUGUCCACUUUCUUUGUUGUGAGUUAGCCAUUUUAUCAUUUUUAUUAUUUUACUACCUGGCAUCUGAGUUUUACUUGUUCCAGAGAGAUACUACUCCAAAGCAUCAUUGGUGGUGAUUAUACCACUAACGCCCUAUCAUUGAGCCGUGCGUCUGCCCAAUUAAAUGUGAGUAACCAUUUGGUAUUUUUAUACACUCUCCUGGUUUUAUCACAGUGAGCACUAUUGUUUGUUUUUUAUAUUACUUAUGGUACCCAUCUGACAAGAUAUCUACUUAAAAUACUCCCUCACGUGUCCCAUAAGUGGGGAUUAUACCACUGUACGCUGUUUAUACUAGAGCUAGUUUUUAGCUCUUAAAAAUGUGAGUAGGACCAUAUAGACCUUUUUUAUUGGUUUCUACCUAUUUGGGUUUUAUUGCACUAUUAGAUUUUCUUUUCACUUUCAUACGGAUCCCACGAACCCCUUGAUCCCACUACUCAAUAGACGUCUACCUCAGAUAGAACUGGGAUUGUUCUGUCAUCCAAAGGUUUUACUGGACUCUUUUUGGACUGAGUGUUUUUAUAUAUAUAUAUAUAUAUAUAUAUAUUAUAUAUUUUACUUAAGGCACACCCCUUACCUUGCUCCUUACCGUUCGAGGUCAGCAUUGAAUGAGGAUCCACUUCUGAGUUCUCUCAGACGCCAUCUUGGUUUUCAGUAUCCACAAGGUUUUUCCGCGGCAAGCUGUGUCCAGGAAUCCUGUUUCAGCCCUUUUCCGUCCGUCCAGCUUCUUCUGACCCCGGUCAUCGUCGUAGAUCGCGUCCCAGGGACUCCUAGACCGUAAGUUAGACCUACCUGUCACGCCAGGAUCGGUUCCCACGGCGUACGGUACAGCACAGGUCCUCGCUUUACGGUUUUUUUCCUGUUAUGUCACAAAUUGAACAAGCCGUUCGCGGUUUUCAUUUCGUACAGUCAUUCGGCUAAUCAGUAUAUUAGUUAAAGUGGUCAUUUCGCAUAUAACUAUUCCGUGUUACAGUGAAACAAGCUAUCAUUUCGUUUUUUUUGCCGUUCGGCACUUUUUCAUGAUACGCUUAAACACGCUUGCUGUUCGCAUAAAAUUCAUGCGUUUAAACUAUUCGUUCCAGCUUCUGUUUUCCCUCACAUUGGGUUUCAGUUUUAUGUCUAUGUAUUACGCAUAAAUCCUUUCGUGGACUACAUUCACCAUUUCAUGUAUAUACCAUUCGGGUAACGAAUUGUUUGGUUAAAUAGACAGAUUAUUUCCAUUACUGUUUUAAAGGUAUCAGUAUUGUAUUAAUGUCCAUACAAAACCAAGCUCACUUAUCUGUAUGGAUCAUUUUGACUCCCACGCUUUCAGGGGUCUGCCAUACUUAUCCAUUUCAUUCAAGUGGACUCAGCCUACAUUACAGGCCUCAUUUCUGUGUUAUAAACUACGACACAUACAUAAGGAUACAGUUUCCUUUUACAAGCUAUAAAUUCUCUGGUUGAAUCACGUACUGAUCCAACCAAUCAUAUGUCUUUUUCAUUACAGAUAUAUCAUAUAUAUAUAACUUUACAUCACUUUAAAGCAUUAUGUGUAUCCCUGCCCCUUUUUUGUUGUUCUAUUACAUAUCAACAUAACGCUGUUUAAAUAUAGGCCACAGCCUCCCUCACCCAUGUUCUUUUUCUACUUGACACCAUCAUACAUUCCCCACUGUUUUAUACAGAACUGUGCAUUAAAGACACGGCAUCACUUUGCCUUGGUAACACAUUUAUACUCUCAUGGUAUAUCACUACACUUCAUUUACCAAGUAAUACGCCAAUCAAGCCUUAAAAAACAUCACUGGUACGGGUUACAAAGUCUACUUCAUUCCCACACAGUCCACACUCUCUAUACUACUCUCUUUUAGCCGUUUUCAGGCUGUCCAGGUUUAAAUAGAUAUUUCACCACACGGUUUCCUGUGAGAUAUUCAUACUACCAGGUACGUACACCUGCUCAUAUGGUAUUCUGCCAUACAUUUAAUUUCUCCCCCCUAGGUUAGAGUACUGGCAAUAGGGUCAUAGGCUUCCCAAUAUGUAUUUACCCCUUCUUGGCAAUUGCCAUCAGUUAGUGGUCCCGUGAGGCCAACACCCCGCCUCAACGUUUCAGAGGCAAACACUCAUCGGGCCACACGUUAGCUAGCCGCCUCGCAUGUUGCACAGAGAGGGCCUCACCUGUCACUCCCUUUCCCUGUUGUUGUAUGUUACAGUCACCGAGAGGCCUAAAAUUCCUGCCACUACGACGGGUGGCCUCAAAUCCCCUCGCGCCAACGCAUAGAGCCUCUCAAGCCACUUGGCAACUAGUAGGGCCUCACCUGUCACCAAACAAGUGUAAUGUUUCGCCAUCCGGCUUAGCUAGCCUGCCAGUACGAUUUUGGUGGUUUUCAUACACUAAUUAAACAAGUAAAAAUCCAUCCCUGCUGAUUGUUUUGUGGACACUCCAGGAAAGUGGCAAGUAACAUGGAGAAUCCAGAGCACGUACAACAUUUUGUAUAAUGAAACCUAUAUUUGUUUCCCCAGAGACACCAUGUGGAGGAUCUUCACUGGCUCUCUGCAACUUGAGGAAAAGUCUAAUGUUCUACUGCAUGACCUCCGUGAAAUUGAAGCCUGGAUCUAUCGCCUGCUGCGCUCCCCUACCCCGGUGCCAGGACAGAAACGUGUUGAUGUAGAGGUCCUGCCCUUGGAACUCCAGCCACCCUUGACUUUUGCCCUCCCUGAUCCCUCACGGUUUUCACUGGUUGACUUCCCACUUCAUUUGCCUUUGGAGCUUCUGGGAGUAGAAGCCUGCCUCCAGGUUCUAUCCUGCAUCAUGUUGGAACAUAAGGUAUGAGAUUCUGUGCUUAGCCUAUGAGGUUUCUACUAACUCUAAAGUUACGAAUUACAACUUGGUGAACACCCUUAGUCCUCUUAACAAGUGUCUGGAGUUUCUUAUGGUGCACAUCUUCUACCUUCACAUGUAAUGGUUCAAAAUAUUUUAUUUAGAGUAAUUUCAUAUUACACUGUUUUGAUACAAUCUUUGAUCCAGUUGAUUGAAUGACACUUUGUUACAGGUGGUGAUGCAGUCCCGGGACUACAAUGCUCUGUCUAUGUCAGUAAUGGCAUUUGUGUCUAUGAUUUAUCCGUUGGAAUACAUGUUUCCUGUAAUUCCCCUGCUGCCUACAUGCAUGGCUUCAGCUGAACAGGUAUGACUCAUUACUUAAAUCAUACAGAGUUUCUACAACGUAGAUCUUUACCUGUUCCUUACCUUAAAGGACCACUAUAGGCACCCAGACCACUUCAGCUUAAUGAAGUGGUCUGGGUGCCAGGUCCAGCUAGGAUUAACCCUUUCUUCUAUAAACAUAGCAGUUUCAGAGAAACUGGCAUGUUUAUAAUAGGGUUAAUCCAGCCUCCAGUGGCUGUCUCAUUGACAGCCGCUAGAGGCGCUUCCGCGCUUCUCACUGUGAUUUUCACAGUGAGAAGACUCCAGCGUCCAUAGGAAAGCAUUGUGAAUGCUUUCUUAUGGACUGGCUGAAAGCGUGCUUGCCGCGCAUUCAGCCGAUGACGAGAAGGAGGAGGAGAGUCCCCCGCUCGGCGCUGGAAUAAGAGGUAAAUUUAACCCCUUCCACCCCCUAGAGCCCAGCGGGAGGGGGCCCUGAGGCUGGGGGCACCCUCAGGGCACUAUAGUGCCAGAAAAAAGGGGAUUUUUUCCUGGCACUAUAGUGGUCCUUUAAUUUUAUAUUCUGACCACACUGAAUAAGAGGGCUGUAUAACAAAUGCAAGAAAUAUGUUGUAUAAUUAAUGGAAUCCUGUUUCCUUGUGCAGUUGCUGCUGGCGCCCACCCCAUACAUCAUUGGGGUCCCUGCAAGCUUCUUCCUCUACAAGUCUGACUUCAGAAUGCCAGAUGAUGUGUGGUUGGUGGAUCUGGACACUAAUAAGGUGAGGGCCCUCCACCUUUCUGGGUAUUACAGAUUCAGCACUCUUCUACUGCUGGAUGACAAUGUGAGGCUUCUUUUAUUCCCCUUGACAGGUUCUUGCUCCCAGUAAUGCUGAGAUACUCCCUGUAUUACCAGAACCAGAGGCAUCAGAACUCAAAAAGCAUCUUAAACAGGUGAGCGGAGGUUACCAAAUGCAUAUUGUCUCACAAAGCCAAAAUGUGCUCUAUAGCUGCUAUGCUUGCAUUUUGGGUUUAAUCAGGGUGCCCCCCUUUAUACAACAUUUGUAGAUUUCUUUUCUGCCUCUGUUUGUUUCCCGACUACAAAUCCUGCUUUAUUUUCCUGAUAUUUUAAGUUCUGGCUUUUCUUGUUGUCUUUGCAUUCACGUCUACCCCUUCCCCCCUACCUUACCGUCUUUGCACAUUAGCCUCGGGCCCCCUCCCCUUUUCACAAUAACCUUCACCCUCCCCUUUCCGCAUUGACCUCGACCCCAUCCUCUUUCAGCGUUGACCUUAACCCCCAUCCUCUUUCAGCAUUGACCUUGACCCCAUCCUCUUUCAGCGUUGACCUUGACCCCAUCCUCUUUCAGCGUUGACCUCGACCCCAUCCUCUUUCAGCGUUGACCUCGACCCCAUCCUCUUUCAGCGUUGACCUCGACCCCAUCCUCUUUCAGCGUUGACCUUGACCCCAUCCUCUUUCAGCGUUGACCUCGACCCCAUCCUCUUUCAGCGUUGACCUUGACCCCAUCCUCUUUCAGCGUUGACCUUGACCCCAUCCUCUUUCAGCGUUGACCUUGACCCCAUCCUCUUUCAGCGUUGACCUCGACCCCACCCUCUUUCAGCGUUGACCUCGACCCCACCCUCUUUCAGCGUUGACCUCGACCCCACCCUCUUUCAGCGUUGACCUUGACGCACUAGCCUUGGCCCCGCUUGUUCCGCAUUAUACAGUUUGUUGAAUCUUCUGCUGUCUUUAUUAUAAAGUCAGACUUAACCAAAAGGCUUGGAUGCUGUUCAUCCUUUGCAUUCAUUGUUGAAUUAUCUUAUAUAGUAUUUCCAAUAGUCUUUCACAGUGUUUAGAAAUGGAAUUAAGUUUAUUAUGAGAAGCACUGCUUUAAGCACCAUUUAUACAAGUUUUAAUCUCAAUUACCAAAUGUUGUAUAAAAGGGGUGUAUUCCCAUUUUACUGCAAUGUUGUUAAUUCUCUCAUUUUUAUACUUUUUGUGUAUAUAUAUAUAUAUAUAUCUGUAUAUUUUUACUCUAUUGAACUUUUUCUCUUGCUUUUUUUUCUUUCUUUUUUUCUUUAUCAUUUCCCCACCUUUUUUCCCUUUUAUUUCUUUCACAUCUUGUGCUCUGUAAUUUUGUAAUUUUUUUCCCUCCUCCAUCUGUCUCUCUGUGCUCAUGUGUCCGUCUUGUCUCUGAUUGGCCGCUGGUGUUGUCAUGUGACGUCCUCUCAGUGUCUGCACAGCAUGUCCGUGAUCACGCAGCAGCGCCUUCUCGCCUCAGAUAACAAGGUUCCUGACAUUCCUUCUUGUUUCUGGAUUCCUCGUUUCCUGGUUUUCUGCUCGCAAACAUGCACAGUGGCCGCUAGUGUCUGCUGGCUUGCAUGUUUGCACUUCCUGUCGCACCACACAGGAAGAUUAAUGUAUUCACAGCUUUUUCGAAGAGCGUGAUCUUUUGUGUGUCUGAUCGUGGCUGACUGACUAGUUAAACCGUUCCUGUUGUACAAUCACCUUAAAUUUCUGAUUACAUGGUCCAGUUUUCAUUAUGCCCUUUAAGAAAAAUAGCCAAGUUACAUUCUGUUUACUAUUUCAUAAUACGUUCCUUGUUGCUUUGAUUAAUUACUUUUAUUCCUCGCUAUAUGUCCCUUAUGUGUGUGUGAUCAGUAUUUAGCGGAUGGAUGGCCCGGUUUUAUAGUGUCUUUACAGAGCGGUAACCAUGUGCUUUUCUCAUUCAGGCCCUAGCCAGCAUGAGUCUGAACACCCAACCCAUCCUUAAUCUCGAUCGAUUCCACGAAGGAACUGAUUCAACACUAUUACGAGGUCCGCAUGAUGCGCAAGGCACACCCUCUACAGAAUUCAAUCCCUUAAUAUAUGGAAAUGAUGUUGAUUCUGUGGAUGUAGCUACACGGUGAGAUGGAUUUGCCUUUGAAGCAUGUAUUUUUAUUAUUAUAGAACCCAAAACACAUUGCCUAACUAUAGGCAACCAAAACAACUUUAGCUUAAUGAAGCAGUUUUGAUGUAUAGAUCAUUCCCCUGAAGUCUCAAUACUCCCAUUUAGGAGUUAAAUCACUUUUGUUUCUGUUUAUGCAUCACUAGCCACACCUCCCUUGGCUGUGACUCACACUGUCUGCAUGAAAUAAGGGUUUCAUUUCCAAGUAGAUGUUAACUUGCUUUAGAAGUUUUUUUAAUUUUAUUUAUUUUUUUCCUCUCUUCUCUCUUGCUCUGUAAAUUGAGCUUUAAUCACACAGAAGUGGAUCCUACAAGGUCUAAAAGGCUAUUAACAGACCAGGAGAUAAUAAAUUUUAAAUUAAACAGAAUGUGAUAUAAAGAAGGUGUAAACAUUCGAUCUCUCUUUACAGGAAGUGUUUAAGAAGGCUGUGUCUAAGCCAGGAUAGGUGUGGAAAGGCCUGUAUAAACAAAGUGAUAUAACUCCUAAAUGGCAGAGAAUCGAGCCGUUAGAUACACCCAAAGCACUCUAUUAAGCUAAAGUUGUUUUACUAUAGUGUCCAUUUUUAAUGUAUUUGGGGCCCUGAUUCAAAAAUUUACAUCAGUUUUGCCUUUUCUCUAUUUUCGAGUUAUGGCAUCCACCUAAUAUGCGGAUUCAACUGGUCGUCCGUCAGAAUGCAUGAUCCUUAAGGCUUUAGACUCCAAAACAAUAGUAAAUGCAAAAGGUUAAAAAGAAGUACAAAAUGCUACAAUCACCUAGUGUAGGUCACCCAAACAACACAAAACUAGUGAAUUAAAACUGUAAAAAAUAGUGAGAGCACACUAGUGGUGUACAUAUAAUAACAUAUACAUACUAUAUUACCAUAAAUGAGUAGAUACCUGUCAACCUUUGAAAGGAUUGCUACCCGGGAAGGCUGGCCUCCAGAUCAGUGGAUAGACCCAUGCAUUACAUCUUUGGGCUCGCACUGCAGGUGUAACUCCAAGCCGUGUUAGUAUUUCUGCUUUCAAUCCGUUGUAGUCUUGUGCUUGGCUGAGAGGCAAAUCAGCAUAUGCUUUUUGGGAUUCUCCACUGAGGCAAGGGGUUAACAAUCCUGCCCACUGAUCUGGAGGCCAGCCUUCUUGGAUGGCAAUCAUUGUAUGUAUAUGUUAUUAUAUGUACACCACUAGUGUGCUGUCAUCAUUUAUUUACAGUUUUAGACCAAACCAACUUUAGCUUAAUAAAACAGUUUUGGUGUACAGAGCAUGCCCCUGCAGUGUCACUGUUCAAUUCUCUGCCAUUUAGGUGUUAAAAGGACACUAUAGUCACCUGAACAACUACAGCUUAAUGUAUUUGUUCAGUUGAGAUCUAUAGCUCCCUGCAGGCAAUCUAAUGUAACCACUGUAUUUUCAGAGAAAAUACAGUGUUUACAUUGAUUGAUAGGAAUACCUCCAGUGGCCGUCACUCAGACGGCCACCAGAGGGACUUCCUAUCAUGUAGGGCCCUAAAAAGGCCUUGUACACGUCAGACGUAUCAAAAUACAUCUGAUGUGUGCAGGAGAGAGAAGGCACUGUGUGCGCACCUUCUCUCUCCUGCCUGUCAGCAGAGGAGAGGGGACGGGCAAAGACCGCGAGCUGAGCUGUCAGUCAACUCAGCUCGCAGGCGCGCUCUCAGGACUUCAUAGGGCGGCGUGAAUGCCGCCCUCUGAAGUAUGUGCGCAUGUGCGGCGAAGCUCCUUGCUCGCGCCUGCCUAUUUCGUCCUUUUGAUAGGGAGCGCUGGAAACAGGUGAGUAAAAUACUCUGCUUGGAGAGUCCCUUUAAAUCAUUUUUGUUUCUGUUUAUGCAGCUCUAGCCACACCUCCCUGGCUCUGACUCACAACGUAAAAAAAGUUUCAUUUUGAAUCCGUACAGUGUAUUUACUUCAGAAGUUCUCUCCUGCUCUGUUAAAGGACCACUAUAGUGCCAGGAAAGCAUACUCGUUUUCCUGGCACUAUAGUGCCCUGCGGGUGCCCCCACCCUCAGGGUCCCUCUUCCGCCGGGCUCUAGGGUGAGGAAAGGGUUAAACCUCUUUCUCCAGCGCCGGGCGGGGAGCUCGCCGCCUCCUCUCCGCCGCCUCCUCCUCGGCUGAAUGCGCAUGUGCGGCAGGAGCUGCGCGCGCAUUCAGCCAGUCUGAUAGGAAAGCAUCUGAAACUGCUAUGUUUAUAGAAAAAAGGGUUAACCCUAGCUGGACCUGGCACCCAGACCACUUCAUUAAGCUGAAGUGGCCUGGGUGCCUAUAGUGGUCCUUUAACUUGAAUCCCAUCAGGAGGCUAAUGCAAGGUAUUAAUAGAACAGGAUAAAAAAAAUUCUUAAUUAAACAGACUGCAAUAAAGGAAGUUUAAACAUUAGAUCUCUCUUUACAGGAAGUGUGUAGGUUACAUACAGGGGAGGUGUGACUAGGGCUGCAUAAUUUUUUUUUUUUUAACUCUUAAUUGGAUGCAUUGAGGCGUUUAGCAGUGUUAUUAUUAUAUUAUUAUUGGCACUUUAUAUAGCACCAACAUAUACAGCGGCCCUUUACAAUUGUAGAAAGGGAAUUUUUACAGCUGAAGAAGGCCCUGCUCAAUGAGCUUACAAUCUAUGAGGAUGUGAGGCAGCUUGAGAGAUAUAUCUAUAUAUCUUGCCCAGUAUUUACAUUGUUAUUACUGCUAUCUGCAGAGGUACUUAUGGUGCUCGUGAAAUCUGUGGAGGUAAUUUGCAUAGAAAUAAAGCAAUUUCACAAUUCUGUAGGAAAUUGAAGGAAAAAGUGGGGGUGGGGAUAAAAUACAAAAGGGAACAUUCAGCUUUGUAGUUGCUAGAUAGUUAUUGAUGAGGUUUAGUAAUACAGGAAUAUGCGAUCACUGUAACUUUGAGGUAGCCAGAAAAGUACACCCUCUGCUAUUGAACUUAUAACUCCCACAAUGCCUUGCAUGCCUUAAAGGAACACUAUAGUCACCUAAAUUACUUUUAGCUAAAUAAAGCAGUUUUAGUGUAUAGAUCAUUCCCCUGCAAUUUCACUGCUCAAUUCACUGUCAUUUAGGAGUUAAAUCACUUUGUUUCUGUUUAUGCAGCCCUAGCCACACCUCCCCUGGCUAUGAUUGACAGAGCCUGCAUGAAAAAAAAACUGGUUUCACUUUCAAACAGAUGUAAUUUACCUUAAAUAAUUGUAUCUCAAUCUCUAAAUUGAACUUUAAUCACAUACAGGAGGCUCUUGCAGGGUCUAGCAAGCUAUUAACAUAGCAGGGGAUAAGAAAAUCUUAAUUAAACAGAACUUGCAAUAAAGAAAGCCUAAAUAGGGCUCUCUUUACAGGAAGUGUUUAUGGAAGGCUGUGCAAGUCACAUGCAGGGAGGUGUGACUAGGGUUCAUAAACAAAGGGAUUUAACUCCUAAAUGGCAGAGGAUUGAGCAGUGAGGCUGCAGGGGCAUGUUCUAUACACCAAAACUGCUUCAUUAAGCUAAAGUUGUUCAGGUGACUAUAGUGUCCCUUUAAAAAAUCAAAAGGAAUGUAACUAUACAUGGCAAGUAGAAUGGCAGCUGGAGGGACCACUAGUUAAUAAAAUGUUGUUAUGGGGAAGGAAUUUAUGAGCCAAUGAAAUAACUACGUAGAUAGAUUAGUUUGCCUUCCAUCGUUCUGUAAUAUGUGACCCUAGGAUGUACUUGGAAACUAGAGACCAAUUAAUGGACCUUUUUUUGAUUAAUUUUAAUUUAUUUCCAUUUAAAUCUAAACACUUUAAAUUGUGUCUACCAUUUAAUUACAGGGUUGCCAUGGUUCGGUUCUUUAACUCCCCCAACAUGCUACACGGAUUUCAGAUGCACACACGCAUCUUACGCCUCUUCCCUCGCCCUGUGGUGGCAUUCCAGUCCUCCCCCUUCCUUGCUUCACGCCCCAAGACUUCAAGUUUUUCAGAGAAACUCUCCAAAACGCAGGCUGUGGAAUACUUUGCUGAAUGGUCUUUGAAUCCCACUAACUUUGCCUUUCAAAGGAUUCACAACAGUAAGUCAUUCAUCUUUCUCUACAACGGCCUACUUUAUGUUGUCACGUUUUGUUUUUUCUACUUGUCACUGUCCCCGUUUCCCUACAGACAUGUUUGAUCCAGCUCUGAUCGGGGAUAAACCCAAAUGGUAUGCUCACCAGCUCCAGCCCAUUCACUACCGGGUGUACGAUGCAAACUCACAGCUUGCUGAUGCAUUGAGUGUCCCUGUGGAGCGUGAUAGUGACUCUGAACCUACUGAUGACAGGUAAAGAGUGCCGUCUGUCCAAACUGAUACAUUCAUUGAUUCAUUUUAUCUUCUAUCAUAGCCUUUAUGACCUCUUCUUAAUACAUAAGUCUUGCAUUUCUAUGGUUCCUUUAUUUUUAUUUCACACAGGCCUUCCAUUUCCUGGUCCUGUUCUUUUUAGCUAUCGAUUAUUAUUAUUUUAUUAUUUAUAUAGCGCCAGCAAAUUCCAUAGCGCUGUACAAUGGGAUCUAUCUAUCUCUCAUGUGCGUGAAUAGGAAAAGUACAGUCUGUAUGUGCUGGGCAUGAGGUGGUACAAGCACAAGGAAAUAGAUAUUGCAUUAGAGGUUCUAUGAAUGGGUGGCUAAGUAUAUUAAAUUUUCAAAGUGAAACUAUUGGGUAAGAAUGCAUAAAGAUAAUGCAUUAAAUAAUACCCAUCUUCAAGUUUCCUUUGGUGCACCAUUUAGUGGGUACUCACGCAGGGAGAGACUCUUAUUCUGUAAAAUCUGCAGAUGUUUCUGGUAGUUGAAGACCACUUCCACUCAUCCCUUAGGAAAAGUGAAAUUACACCGUGAACUUAUAAUGGCCAAAUGCAUCGCCCUGGUAACUGGUUCAGAAAACCAGGGUGUGCAGCUCUCGGCAGAGCCACAAUUUGCGGUUAUGUUUAACAUAUUACUGCAGUUCUCUAUCACUCCCAGAGCACACUUGUGAUAGUUCUUGGUAAUCCUUUAAGUUGUAUCAAGUCUUAAGAGUUAUAUCACAUAUGACCUGGGCAAGCGAGCGUGAGCCACAAGAAGGAAUUAUGGCAAUUUGAUGUACAUUUAAAAAGUUUUAAUUGUAAAAUGUAUGGUGUGUGUUUGUGUUUUUUUUUUUUUUUGGCAAAUCUAUUUGUUUUUAGUUACCUUUCCACCACUAUAGCUCUUUGGGACAUCUGUAUUGUUCCCAGUCAAAGGGACACUAAAUGAUGUUGGACGUCCUCGUGCUCUGCAUGAGGACAUCCAGCGUCCUCUAAAACCCAAUAGAAAAGUAUUGAUUCAGUGCUUUCCUAGUGGUAGUCCUAAUGCGAUCGCAGCACUCACCGCGCAUUAAGUCCCCCCGCUGGCUGAUGUUGGGGGAGGAAAAGCAGAGGUGGAACCUUGACCCAGCGCCGAUGAACAUCGGAGCUGGAAUCCGGUAACGGAUAAAAGGAUAUUUAAAAAUAUCUAUAGCUAUGGUGGGGGGAACGGGACCAAAGGAGGGGUGCAUUGUAGAUAACUAUAGUGCUACUCAUACAACUUUGUAUCUUUGUAUUCCUAGCACUGCUGUUUCCCUUUAAAUAAAUAGCAGAGUAAGUAAGUGCGUGAGAGAUGAAGUGUCUGUUGUGUUUAAAAUGCACAGAGCAAUAGAAGUGUAAAUGCUUGUUCCUGUUGCAGUGGCAGUGAUAGUGUGGAUUAUGACGACUCCAGCUCCUCAUACUCUUCUCUCGGAGACUUCGUCAGUGAGAUGAUGAAAUGUGAUAUUAACGGCGACACGCCAAGUAAGUAAAUGUUAUUGAGCAGUUAGAUAGAAGCUUUUUGGGAGGAAGCGUUUUGUGAUGUUUCACUUUGUUUAAUAGUUGUGGACCCGCCUGAGCACGCAGCCCUUGGUGAUGCCAGCGAGGUGGAGUUUGAUGACUUCCAAGAGUACUCUGGGGAGGUAGAAGAUUCUGCGCAAGACAGCGAAAACUCCCCCGAUAACAACCACCAACGCUCUGGAUCUAGCACCACUGCCAGUAGCAGCCCCAGCACAGUCAUUCAUGGGGUAAACACGGUGAGAUAGAGAUUAGGACAGCUUGGUAACUGCCGAGAACACUAACUCCUUGAAAUGCGAGGGAAUGAAUUGGCUUCACGCAUGUUUCAGUGCCGUUAUUGUUUACAAUAGAGAUGCAAGCUAUUUUCAAAGAUUAAAUGUUGAACAUUUGUCAUUGUUCAUUCAACAGGAAGCCACUGACUUAACGGAGCCGGAUGAAAAGGUCCUAGGAGGAUUGCAGAAUCACUUGCCGGCUCUGCCACCCUCGUUCAACCGCUUGGUUAUGGAGAGGCGAGAGAGUGAAGCAUCUGUUGGAACUGGGGGGGAGACUCGGAGAAGGGAAUAUGAUAACCCCUACUUUGAGCCACAGUAUGGAUUUCCCCCCGAAGAGGAGAGUGAGGACCGAGAGGAGAGUUAUACCCCCAUGUUUGCCCAGAAUAUUAAUGGAACACGGUAAGAGGGCAGUAUGGUCUAAUCCUUUAUCACAAAUCAUUUCAAUAUUAUACACACAACUGAUAUUUAUUAGUACAUUGUACAUUUCAGUAUUAUAAAAAUUCCUUAAUAAAUCUCUAUUCUCUCUAAGCACCCCCAAAUUACUUCAUCUUAAAGGAACACAAUAGGCACCCAAACCACUUAAUCUCAGAGAAUUAUACAAUUUAUUUAAAAUAAUGUUGUAACUUUUUAAAGGAACACUCCAUACCUUAAAGCACUUGCUUGCAGAGAUGCUUCAGGUGUUGAUAAUGAUCCCUCUUCACCACUUCAGAAAAAUGCAGAUCUCCAGAAUAAUCAGUAUUUUAUAAAGUAACAAGGUGGCACCCUCCUGGUUGUCAAUCUCAUAGGUGACACAUUUCCUGUUCAGGCAUGGUCAUUAUAACACGUGGGAGACCGCCCAUGCUGUAAGUGAAGCCUUUAAAUGCUUUUAUAGUCAAAAUCAUGUAGUGCUUUUCAAACCUCUGUAUAUUCCUUUAUGUUGCUUAACAGGCCACAAAUUACUGGUAUUUCCCUUUUAUUUAUCAGUAAUCAUUGUUUCAGCUCCCAGAAGCCUCUGCUCCGUCCCAGCAGUCUUAAACUUCCAAGUGAUUCCGAUGCAGAGACCGAUUCCCGAGGGAGCUCCCCAACUUCAACUGUGUCAAAUGCCAGCAGCAAUAAUGAGGGCUUUGGAGGAAUCAUGUCAUUUGCAAGUGGGUACUCUGUGCACAAUAUAAAGCUUUAGUACUUAAGGAGUGGACGUUAAUAGCAAGACACUUGCUUUUGGUGGUGGUGAUAGUCCCAUCAGGAAGGACCUACAUCCUUUUCUCUGUAGACCUUUUAAUAUGGUGUUACAUACAUAUAUGCACUUAUAUUGGUUGUGGAACUGUGAAUUCAAAAUGAGAGGCGGUAAUGGGGAACUAGCCAAGCAUGGUGCUUUGCUCAGUCUGUUUUCCCUUUCUUACUGUAGUAGAAAAUAUUUAGAUAUCACAUUUUAAAUAACCGUCCAGCCAGGCCAUUGUUAUUGCUCAGCAGUGGGCCUUCCUGCCCGGAACAAGGGCUCUAGAUGUAAUCUGAGCACACGAUCAUUGUGUGUACAGUAAACUAAACCUACAAACAAUCCCAUCCAUUAACGGUCUGUGUACCACACCUGAGCCUGACUUCUAGCAUCUAAAUCAUCUCAUAUUGUCAAAGUAGCCACUAUCCAUCACUAAAACCCGAUCGAAGGAGUGGCCUUGAGGACCAUGCUUCUUUCCGUAUUGGUUGUACAUGUAUGUUUCCCCUGCCCUUCAAUGAUUCAAAAUCAACUCUGGACAAAAAUCUAAUUUUAAUUAUAAAUUGUAUUAAAUGCUGGUUCACUAAAUCUUUUUAUUUUUUGGGAUGAAGAAAUCUUUGUUUAAACUUUCUUACCUGCACCCCUGUCCUGUGAAAUAAAUAAAAUAACCGAAUACUGCAGGGUUUUUGUUUUAGUAAUUUCAUUUAAGAAGAUAAAUGAUUCCGAGUUCAACUUGUCAGUGGGCCAAUCAGGAUGAGACCGAUUGGCCAACUUGUCAGUGGGCCAAUCAGGAUGGGGCCAGAAAGAAAGCUAGAAUUUAAAUUUCUGUAUGGACCAGAUCUAAAACCUAUUCUAGUACUUCUACAAUGAACCUUGAAGAUUAGAUUAGUAGAACUAACUACUCUUUAUUUUAUUUUUACACAUUCUUUUUUGUCAUACUUUUAACUUUACAGAAUUGUAAGCAAAACAUUCUACUCUGUUUGAGAAAUGUGAACGUUUGGAACUGGCAGUUAGUCUCUUCGAGUCGUUAGGAAUCCACUAGUGACUGCUUUUAAUAAAAUCCGUUUUCCAUUUCAGGUAACCUGUACAAAAGUCACAGCAGUAGUUUCAGCUUGUCCAGUCUGACCCUGCAAAGCAAGAGUGGACGAGAUAAGGCGACCCCCUUUCCCAGCUUAAAAGGUGAGUCCUCUGUGAGGGUCUUAGAGUAUUCCCUACCACAGCUUGAAAGGUAAGUGCCCUUAACUGUAGAGAAUAGUGGUAGAUGGGACAGUUCUUUCCAUGUUACAGUAAGUAAGUAGCCCGAAAGGGAUUGUCGGAAUGAUGCGGCUUACUGUGUGUCUGCUGCGUUGGGUGGGGCCUUCAUUUCCAUCAAUCACUCCAUCGUAUCCAUUUAUUUCCCUUUAGUUGUUUUGGGGGGGUGGGGGAGAGGGAUUGCCUGCAACAUGCUGGAUGACAUAGGUCAUUGACGCUUUUGCCAUUUCCUCUCAAUUGCUGCAUGGUUCUACCACUCUUGGUCAAAGGCCAACUGGAGAUGUCUGGGGUAGUGGGAAAAGGUUAGUAUGACUUCCUCUGAUAUUGGUAGCUGCACCCGCAGUUCUCAUCUUUUUAGUUGUAUAAGAGUGUUUGUGAUAUAUACCGCUGUACGAGUGUACCUGUUUGAUGAAUGUGUAAAGGAGGAGAUUACAUUCAUUGUAUAUAGACCGAGGUGAAAUCGUGCUGUUUGUUCUACGUACAUUUGAAAUAGUUGGUCAGAUUCUAGAAAUCCAUACUGGCUGCAAGUGUUUGGGUUUUUCUCUUCUGAAAGGAGUCUGACUGUAGCCACCAACAAUCAGAAUGACCGCUGUGUAUCUGUACCUGGCCAGUACAGCAAAGGAAUAUUUGUCAUAUUUGCAAGACCAAAAAGAACAAUUAAAGAAGAACUUUGUAAUUUAGUUCCUCUGUCUCUUCAAGAGAUUUCAUUAUGUUUAAAGCCUAUUUAAUUCAAUGUAUUGAGAUGCCCAGAGAAUGUAUUGACUGCUGUUUUAGGGCACAGCUGUAAAAGCCUAAUGCGCUACCAAUAAGAUUGCGUGGGGGCUUCUGUGCCCGCCGAGUUACAGGUUUCAUUCCAUACCAGUGUUUCUGUCUUCACCACCUACUCAUGAAUUUAUAGACUGCAGUGCUAUAAUAGGAUUAUACAGGGCUUAACACUUUAAGCCGUCCUCUACAAACCAGUUACUGGCAUGGGUGGGAUGUUUUCAUUUAACAUUGGCUAGUGGCUAAUGGUAAUUUUGAGCCGUGGGAUUAUACAAUGUUUAUUGUUGCAUUUUAGUUUUUUGUGUGCAUUGAAUGUUUGUUGUAGAUAGAGGUGAUUUCCUUAGUUCCUUUCUUUUUCUUUUUCUUUUCUUUCCGUUCUGUUUUGUUUAUUGUGGCAAAAGCACAAGGAUAAAUUGCAUUCAUCUUUAACAUAUCCGUCCCCUCACCGUGCCCCACUGACAUACAUAAUUCUAAGUACAUUUCAGGGCUGUGACCAGCCAUUUCAUCCAAUCAUAAUCAUUCCAUUACUUGGGUCCUUGGGGCAGUCUAUUGUGUGAUCUGAUUUAACGUAAACAGUAAGUGUUCCAAGUGGUUGUAAAAUGUGAAACCCGAAAGGAAAUAAGACUUCUUUUCCCUUAAUUUAUAAGGUGGGGGGGGGUAGGGGGGGAAUAGACUGUCCUUCAUUUGCCAGCCUGUUUUGGAUUCUUUUGACUCUUUAUUUUUUAUAUAGGGAAUUCCAAAGUACUGUUACUUGUGUAAGAUCAAGCUGCCAUAUUGUAGAUGGAUCCUAGCUGGCAACAGAGCCAGGUUAGCACCGUAGCUGUUAGUUAUUACUGAUGAUUGGCUGUCACUAACCUUGCAUUUUGUGUCCCAGUAUUUGGGCUUAAUACUAUAAUGGAGAUAAUUGCAGAUUCCGGGCCUGCCCCUACAGAAGGUGGGUGCCUGAAGCAUGGGCUAUGCAUGUUACAACAUUCCCAGCAUCCUCUCUGCCUCCUCAUUAGUUCGCCAUGAUAACACAAUGCCUUGUGCUUGACACGUUGUUGUUUUUGGCUGUGUUUCAGUUGUCCUCAGUCACGUGACCAUAUUCUUCCGCCUUCAUGCAUUUCACAGCUCAUGGGGUCCCGGGAGCCUUGUCAUUGCUACUAGUUUUUUGUUUGUCUCUUUGCUGAAUUCCAGUGUUUCUUUUUACUUGAUGUGUGUUUUACUGGCUUGAUGCUGCUGUAACUCACCCUCUGUAUAAUAGCUGCUCUGAAAUUAUUCUCCCACAGCCAGUAACAGACGUGCGCUGGUAGAUCAGAAAUCAUCAGUCAUCAAACACAGUCCAACAGUCAAAAGAGAAUCUCCGUCUCCUCAAGGACGAGCUAACAACUCCAGGUAUACAGCCAAGCACUUAAAUUGAGUCGGUUAUUGCUAUUGAAUUGACAGGUCUUCAUUCCCUUGCCCAAGUAAAUGCUUUUGACCUGCUUUUAUUGACGGACUUACUGGUAUUAUAGUAUAGAUAUAUCCUAAAUGAUUUAACCCAAUUAAGGUUGGAUGUCACGUUGGACCUCCAAGCAGCAUAGCAACUUAAAUGAGAUGGGAAAAAAACAUUGCGAAUCUCUUAUUUUUGUAAAAAAAAAAAAAGAUUGUGAUGCUCCAUCUUAUUCUUUAAAAUGUAGUUUAAAGAUUUAGCGAUUGACGUCCCCAUGCAGUUAAGUCCUUGCACAGCCAGAAUACACGUUAAAUUGGAGCAGGAGAAAGAGAAACUCCUUUAAGUGGAUACUAAGACCGGUGGCAGAUUACAUGCGCUGUCUAAGGUGCUAAAUCCAUAUAUUUGUCUCCUGUUGUGAGACUGCUGCGCAGCUUCAGGUGUCAGGCUGGUUACAUUUUUGUUACUACUUCGCAGUGAGAACCAGCAAUUCCUGAAGGAGGUGGCAUUGAGUGUCCUGGAUGGGCAGGGAGUAGGCUGGCUAAACAUGAAGAAAGUACGGCGCUUGUUGGAGAGCGAGCAACUCCGCGUCUUUGUGCUGAGCAAACUGAACAGGUCCAUCCAGACAGAGGAGGACAAUCGGAAUAAUGUCAUCCCAGAAGUGGUGAGUGACACACGUCAUGGCUGUUAAAAAAUAAGAAAGAGUUCCCUCUUUCUUGGUGAAAUUUGAAUAAAUUAUAUGAAUAUUAUUAAUUAUUGUAGUAUAUCUAGUAUAUUCUUUUAAGAUUUUUAAUAGCCUAAUUCUCAUGAAUCAAUAAUUAUAUCAGUAAAUUUGUUAUUUUUGUGUGUGUUGCGCAAAGUAGCGAUUGCAGAUUUCCGUAUUCCUCCUGUACUUCAUUGCAAAAAAGUUAACAUUUAAAAUAAACAAACCAGCUAAUCUACUCUACACUGAAUACAGUCUGGCUAAAAGGGAGCAAUUUAAAAUAGCGCUUUUUGUCACUUUUGUCUGCAAUAGUGUGAAAGCUGAUCUGAAAUAUCUAACCAUGUGACAAAUAUAAGUGUAAUAUCGAUUUAAAAAAACAAACAAAAACUAAACACAACAAUUAAUAAUGGAUACAUAAAUGGUCAAACACUGCCAUCUUGUGACCAAAGUAGAUGGAAGUCUUUGUGUUAAACAGGUGUAUUAUUUUUUUUUAUUUUUUUUUUUAUUUUUGUAUCCCAGAGUGAAUCCAAUUGCAAUCUAGAGAGAGAGAGAGAGAGAUAUAUUUAAAUAAUAUAAGAAACACAGGCCCAGAGUGAUUCUCGGGCAGUUCUUUUCGUUGUAAUAGCUUCAUAUAAAGGGACGGACAUCUCUCACUUUCUUCCUCGCUUUCACAUUCAUUUCCAGUCUCCUUUUUACCUAGUAAGUAUUAGGUUAUCAUAAAAUGUUAAACUAACAAACAUUUACAGGAAUUUACCAUAACUACUACAUGUUGUUUUAGUGGUUAUGGUCAUUGGAUUAUUGAGGUGCAGUCUCUGCUAUGCAGCCCUCCUCUCACAGCAAGCUUGGCCACUUUGAACUGAUAACACUGAAGUGAAAUGUGUGCAUUUCCUCAGUGGUAAAUGACAGCCCAGGCUUUGGGUGCCCAUUGAGCCUUGAUGUUUGUCAAACCGUUCCAAUGAUCUUACAUGGUCGGAUGAAUACUCCUCGCAAUAUAACUACUAUAAUGAACUGUACUGUCUCCCCGUACAAUGACAGAGACUGCCUAACCACUGUUGGGCACUCUUGUCAAUAUAGACAAAGUAUGUCUACCAGCAAAUAUGCCAACAGUGUGCCACACACAGCAUUCGCCUUAUUGACCUAAUACAUGGUAUUGACUUCAUGUAAAGUUGUGGAACAAAUGCCUAUUUCACUCCAUGUUUUGUUUCUUGUAUUCAGGAGAUCAACAAGAAGGUCUACAAGGGGAUGCUGGAUUUAUUGAAGUGCACAGUGUCCAGUCUGGAGCAGUCGUAUGCCAAUGCUGGUCUGGGUGGCAUGGCAAGUGUCUUCAGUCUGUUGGAAAUUGCGCACUCCCACUAUUACAACAAAGGUAAGAAAUACGGAAGAACCGCUUCUCAAAGGGGGAGUAGGAGCAAAGCGCUCAGCACGUGGGAGGUUCCUUUAGCGUUGUUUACAUUGAGAGGAAUGCUGUUAUGAUCUAUGGAAUAACUAAUUUUACUCUUUUUCCCAUUCCUUCACCGUCUUUUCUUCUGAAUCUUUCUUUCUCCCUCUCCUUGCUGUCUCUACAUCUUGUCUGCUGGUUUUAUCCUUCACCCCUAUCUCACUUUGCUCUUUUCUCUAUGCAUUCUCUGUCCUGCUCCUCCUUUUAAGAACCUGAGAAAAGGAAAUCAAGUCCUUCUGGAGAUGGUGCUGUGACCCCUAUGUCUAGGGAUCCUGUUUCUGCCCUGAGGGGAGAACUUCGGCCUACCCCCCAACUACCUGCACAGCAGUUGUUACCCCGCCAAACUAGCCCUGCAGGCAAAGGGGUCCGAGAGUUUGACACCCGGAGUCUUAAAGAAGAGAAUUUUGUGGCUUCAAUUGGUGUGUAUAGAUCAGCAGAAAAGGGUACAUCAGGCAUCGCUGCCAGGCUCCCACUGCAUCACCCACCUUGGCAUCACCGCUCGUCCCUGUCCACCCCCAUUAUUCGCGUUCCGAAUCACCCCAUGGCUCUAUUAUUCUUUGGGAUUCCUACUGUCCUACGUGAUGAUAAUGCAUCUAUUGGAGAAUAUAUAUAUUACAUAUAUAUGUGUGCAAUGUUAUGAAAAUAUAUAUAGAAGGUAUAGAACUGCUAUGAAGCUUGGAGGCUAGGUGCGGUAUAACAGGCAAAGUUUGUGUGACCCAUUGCUGCUUUGAUUAGUAGUGCUUCUACAGAUUUGGAAUUGGAAAAAUGUUUGUAGAAGUCUACCACCUUCCUUUUUACCCUGUGCAACCCUGUUUUAGGAUUGUUUUUUUUUUUUUUUAUUAUUAUAAUUUCUGUCCUUUAUUAAGGCAGUCAUGUGGUCACAAGACAAUAACAUGGCUGAUUGGAAUCAAGGCAGUUGAUGUCACUGAAUCAUGUUGGGCUUUAAGCUGUUAGUUGUAUCUUCCAAGGUGUCUCUAGAAUGAGUGGACUUCAGUCAUGUCUGUGGAGUGUUUCACUUACAGAGAGUUCCAUCUCUGUAUGAAAGAGAACUACCCAAACCCAUCCCUGGUGGUUGUAAUCCAGAGUUUUAGGAUUACCCCAAAUGUAAUGAAGGCUAUGAAAGUGAUGUGUAAUCAGAAGUCUCGUACCAGCCAUAUUUUCUUAGUAGGAUAAUGACAAAAAAAACCAUAUUGAAUUACAGUCAGGAGUACACAACCCCACCAACUUAAAUUGCUUUUGAAGUAUAGAUUCUGUGUUGAGCAUGUUGGGGGGAAUAUUUACAGGCAAAACCGUUUGAAACUUGCUUAGCCAGUUUGAAGUUCCAAGAUGAGCGAGAUCUAUACAUGUAUAAAACAUACAAAGAUUUCUAAGUGUUGACAUUACAUUCAUUUACUAAAUAGCGUGUUCAUGUUGUCAAAAUGUCUUUGAAAUUUUUCUAAAUAUAAUUGUUGCAAUUCUGUACUAAACCCCCCUGCCCACCCCCACAAACUAUAUUAAGUAAUCGUUAUGAUUUAAAACAUUGUGAUCUGUCUGAUGCUAUUAAAAUCGGUAGUUUAAGUUGUAACGCUGCUAUCGUAUAACAUUAGCCAGUGCUAUAUGAUUGCAUGUUUAUGUUACCAAAUUUUAGUUUUCUUUUAUUUUAUUUCUUUAUUUUUUGGGGGUCACAUUCCUGAGCAGAAAUUUCCACAGCUCUUUAAUCCUGGCAUCACCGUUUGUUACUUGAUUGUAAACUGCUCUAUUUCUACUUCUAUGUAUAUAUAGUGCUGUGUGUGUGUGUGUGUGUGUAUGUAUCUACAUAUACAUACAAACAUAUAUGAUAAGAUAUUUAUGUAUACAUGCAUAAAUAUAUGUUGCAGCUACUAAUCGUGCCUUUUCUCUCUCUAACACUCUCUCACCAUCAUCCACGCGCUCACACUGAAACAUGUCUGAAGGUAUCUUGCAUCCUCCCCUUGCUCCGAUUUGGAGAAGGGUGGGGGUUUGUCUCUGUACCCAUUUUUUAGCCUGUCUGAUCCGCCUCUGACUCUCUCUCUUUCUUUCCUGCUUGCAAUGCAUCUUGGGUAGAGUUGUGGAACAAGCACCUGGAAGUGAAAAAGCAAAAAUCUAUGGAAAAACAGAGUAAGAAACCCUGGAACCCCCCCUCAAACCUUUCCCAGAUCUGCCAGCAAGGCGGCCCCAGGCUCAUAUACCACAUUAAAAUUAAUUUGGUAUGGUUUAAUGUGUAUAUGACUCUGUGUCGAUACAGCAGGGACCUGCAGCUUGUUGUAGUGUAUGCAAACCUCUCACGAGGAUAUCUCGAUUUGGAACCAAAUGAUUAACUGUUGCCAAAGAGGUCAUUUAUGCAACACAAUAAAGGAUCAUGCUGUAUGUCCUGAUGAAGCUUUUAUUGGUGCACAGCGCUGUCACCUCUGUUCUCUAUUGCUCUUCCUGCCAUGGUGUUUCAGGCUAGACCAUUGAGGGGUCCAUUCACAAAGGAUUGAUGGUUAAUGUUAAGUCUGCGGAAACCUACUGAGUUCAGCUGAAUUUGGUAAAAUCUCUUCUUAUAAAGCCCCAGCUUCUGGGUAGAUGAAACAUACCAGAAAUGCUGACAAAUCUGGUUGAAACGGAUGAGGUAUUGAGGCGCCUCCUCAGUUAGAGGAGUCUAGAGGUGUCUACAGGGCUUGCUUUUGUGUUCAGUAGACUUUCAAAUAACCCUUUUGACGUUGGAGACUCAAUUUGGCCAAAAUAAUCCGAGUCUUUUCCCAGCUCCGUGAAUAGAUAUAAGCCGUUUUUAUCUGCAAAACGAAUCGACCCCUGAAUGUCCAUAGUCCUGAUAUCUAGAUGUUAACGUGUGUGUGCUGUGAGAAAGGGAUCCACCUUUAAGAGACUUUUCAGAACUUGGAUAAAGCCAACCCAUUCUGAAGACUCUGGGGUGUGCUGGCAGAUUUGUGAGUGGAGAAUGAUUUUUGUUGGGGGUUUCUUGACUUGAGGUAGUAACUGUAGUGGUGAACUCAUAUCUUCCCCCUGCCUCACUCCUCUCAUUACCCACUCCCUCUUCCUAGCGCUUUAUUUACAUUUUGUCACUGCACUCAUAUCACCCGUCACCAUAUAUUGAGCAUGCGGGAUCUGUAUACCAAUGUCACAACCUCGUUAAACCCUGGUAUAGCCUAGCUACACAAAGAUUCAACAGGUUGGAAUGUAAAACCUCGAAAUUAUUAAUUAUUUUUAAAUAAUCAACGAAUACAAAAUAAAAGCCACAUGUAAUCAACGAACCGGUCUGUCACUGUCUUGGUAAAUGUUAGGUGAACAUGCUCAGAAUUGUAUGGGCAGCUGCCAUAAGAUAAAAUUGGGUAUAUUGGUACACAGUGUUAAUAUACACUGUGGUUGCGUGCUACACUUGUAUUUUGUUUCAUCAACGAGCCUUUAAUUAAAGUUUUGCGUUAAAUGAUGAUAGAAAUUUCGCUGGUCGUAAUGUAGACCUUAGACAACAUUAGAAGACUCCCACAAAGUACAUGCACUUCAAGCUGGGAAAUUGUGUUCUAGAUUCACCAAGAUAUAGUUCCAUUUUUAUUUGUUUUACAGGUAGAAUAACCAUUUGACACAUAAUGGUAAAUAUUCAAGUCCUUGGUUUAGUUAUUUAUUUUUACUAUUGUUUUAGAACCUUUCUGUCUGGGUUUCAAAAGCCACCAACGAAGCUCUUUGUUUAAAAGUCUUUUGGGUUAAGAGUAUCCAACCAUUAUGUUCCUCCGCGUCUCCCUUUAAGCCGGUCUUCCUCUUGCCUUACACAGGUACAGAGCAGGCUAAACAUUUCUUCGACAUCGGGGACCCAGAGGAGAAGAGGUCUCAGAUCAGUGCAGACAGUGGUCUGAGUGUUACCUCAGGAUCUCAGGUAAGCUGCAAACAUUCCGGAAGUAAUCAGUUUUGUAGGACAGGGUAAAGCUUUUUUGAGUGUCCUUGUUUGAACAUAUUUUGAGGAGGAUUUACAGUUAACUUGUCUGGCUAAAUAAAUUCUUUUUAGAAUAAUUUGAGUUUAUAUUUCCAUUCACAAAGGGUCUUUAGAGUUUGGGUUGCUUUUACCUUGAUUAAUACAUUGUGUAUUAAUUUAUUUUUUUCUGUGGAAUCAGAAGAGUGACAUAGAUGGUAGCAGUGUGGCACCUUCAAUUCUGAUCCGAAGUAGCAGCCAGGAUUCGGAACUCAGCACAGUGGUAGGAACAGAAAAUGCUCGAUAUUCUGUCUGAUAAAGAGAGAAUGUUUAAUGGUUCUCAUAGAAGGAGAUAACUGAAUACUUGAUGCUUCCUUUGUUAAUGGUGAUGGAGAGCUUGGUGUUUGUUGUCGAAAAAGAGGCUUGGGAAUGGUUGAUAUUUCUAUUAGAGAUUAAGUGGCUGCUGAAUGCCUUUUAUUUUCUCUGAAGAUAGUUGCGAUCUAAGAAAGCUUACUGAUCCCACCAGUGAAUGCUUGAUCAUUGCUAUGGAGAAAGUGAUGGUGUGAGAAAGCUUGAUAUUUCUAGUUGAGAGUGAGACCACUGAAUGUUUUCUCUGGGAAGAGUGAGAGGUAAUUAAAUGCCUAAUUCUGCCGGUCUUUGAAUGCUUGAUGCUUUAUGAGUAGAGAAUGGAUUCCUGAUGAUGCUAGAUGGUUUGUAGCAGGAGAUCCUUUAAACAUGACAAAUGUUUCUUCUACAGGUGAGUAACAGCUCAGGGGAAACCAUGGGAGCUGACAGUGAUUUGAGCAGCAAUGCUGGAGACACGUUGGGUGGAGCUGGUGGAGGCCACCUCUCCGGAUCCAGAGGAGCUGUAUCGGACAGUGAAAUCCAGAUGAACUCAAACACCGGAGCUAUAUUUGUAAGGGGCAGAGCUGGUAUUCCUUGACCUUUUAUGUUGAUAUUCAAAGUAAUCUAGAUUUUGGAAAAAGAACUGUUAAAUUCUGUGCAAUUCAUUUCCAGAAGAAAGUGGUAUCUCUUGAUUAUAGUGACACUAGUUUGGGCGGGUUCUAAUACUCCAGUUCUAACUGCAGGUUAUAGAUGAUGGGCUGUUCUUUUGCCAGCACAGUUCUGACAGAAAAAGUACUUGUUUGAACUCAAGUGCUCAGUGUUUGUUUGUUUUUUGGGUUGUUGUUUAUUUUUUCACGAUAGAAUAUCAGAACAAAACCUGAAUAGAAAACUCAAGUAGUUCUGGUUUACUCGUGUGUAAAUGUUAUCGCUCUAUAGACUGUAAGCUCCUUUUGAGCAGGGUCCUCCUUUAACCUAUCGUUCCUGUAAGUUUUUUCUAAUUGUUCCACCCCACCCCCUCGCCUUCUUAUAAUAUUAUAUAGCGCUAUGGAAUCUGUUGGCGCUAUAAAUGGCAAUAAUAAUAUUAUAUUGUUCUUUCCAUCAUAGGGGAAAUCUCAGUUACUGCGUCCGGGUGAGAAGGAGAUCAUUGUUAGUCCGGGACGCCCACCUCAGGACCUGAGUCUGCGUAUCUACCUAUAUGAAGGCCUGUUGGGUAAGUAUUUUUUAUUUUUCGAAAAGCUGCAAUAAGUGUAGUAAUGUAUCACACUGAGUGAAACCCUUUUAAAUUGUCAUAAUCCAAAAACUAACGACAUCUUGCACCUUUCUUAUAUCACCAUCAACACUUUUAGCCCUCUGUCCGUGAUUUCCAUCCUUCCCUGCCAAAAAAAAACCAAAGGUCUAUCUCAUUCUGUGCACUUUCUCUUGUCUUCUCAGCAUUUCAGGGCCUCAUCCCUUAAUUGACAUAUAUCUCCCAUCCACCAUUGACCGUUCCCUUCAGGAUAUAAUUUCAAAUUAAUGCACAGCUUCUCCCACCUUCCCUUCAGUGGCCGCUUCUUAAUAACCUAUAACUUCUCCCGUCUUCUCUUCUUUGGCCUCUCCUUAAUAACCUGCAACUUCUCCUACCUUCUUUUCUGUGGCCUCUCCUUAAUAACCUGCAACUUCUCCUACCUUCUCUUCUGUGGCCUCUCCUUAAUAAGCUGCAACUUCUCCUACCUUCUCUUCUGUAGCCUCUCCUUAAUAAGCUGCAACUUCUCCCACCUUCUCUUCUGUGGCCUCUCCUUAGUAACCUGUAACUUCUCCUGCCUUCCCUUCCAUUGCCUUCACUUCAGUGACCUCCUUCCCCAGAUAACACAUGACCUCUUCCACCUCUCCAAGUCACCUCGUCAUAAAUGAGCAGUCUUCACUUUUAAACCAUCUUUGUCUGCAGUUGGGGGAUCUGUGUUGUUUUUUAGGGCUUUCAAAAGUCCUCUAUGAUUCAUGUUUGACAAUAAACACUCUCUUACUACAUAUAAAUGGUAAUGAAAACAUUCCCGCUCAAUGUUUUAACAAGAGCCCCCCUUCCUCUGUGCCUUUCAAUAUGUACUGCUUGUUACCUUUGCCCACUUCUUGUUCCUAUUUCUCUUGUUCUCACGCUGCCUAUUGGUGUUGGCUGCAUUACACAGGAAGAGAUAAGGGCUCAGUCUGGGAUCAGCUGGAAGAGGCAGCCAUGGAAACCUUCUCGCUGAGUAAUUACGCCUGUCUUACCAACUAGUUGCAUUGCCAUGCUUGCUGCGUGACUGCGUUAUACCCCUGCAUGUGUCUUCUUGUUAUCACCCUGUCUAUAUUGGUUUUCAUUGUACUUCUAUAUACAGUACUUCUUAUAUCCAUCAGUAUAUAUCGUAUUAUGACAGAUUUUACUGCAUUUCCAAUUAUACUUAAAGGAGAACUGUCACUUAUCUGGGAAUUAUUCCUGCUUUAUUUUUAUAAGGUGGGGAAUCAUAUUAAGUCAGAUGUUAACUUGCUUUUAAAGUUCUUAUCAUCUGCUCUGUAAAUUGAACUUUAAUCACAUGCGGAAAGCUCCUGCAAGGUCUAGCAGGCUCUUAACAGUGCAGAGGAUAAGAAAUUCUAAGUUAAACAGACUGUGCAAUAAAGUGUAAACAUUAGCUCACUCUUUACAGGAAGUGUUUAGGAAGGCUGUGCAAGUCAUAUGCAGGGAGGUGUGACUAUGGCUGUAUAAACAAAGUGAUUUAACUCCUAAAUGGCAGAUAAUUGAGCAGUGAGACUGCAGUGGCAUGAUCUAUACUCCAAAACUGCUUAAUUAAGCUAAAGUUGUUUUGGUGACUAUAGAGUCCCUAUUAAGCGCUGCUAAUCAUUUGAAUGUUUUAAUCAAAUCGCUAUUGUUUCUGUGCUCCAUCAGAGCGCAUACGUUACUUAAACAGAAGCUUUACUUUUCAUAACAGUGUAUGUUCCUUGCAUAGUUUAUGGUCUUAGUGGCCAUACAAGUGCUUUUUGGCCAGUGGCUCCUUCAUUGCUUCCUGUAGUGGCGCAGGUUCUGUAGUAGUAGUGUAUCUGGCUCUAUUAAUGAAACCAUGAACUAUACUAAUGAUAAGUUGAUAACACACAGAGUGGCUUUUAUUAGCUUGGGAAGCAGUUCCAUUCACAUUUUGUUCUGCACUCCCAUUGAACAUGAUCGGAUAGAAAGGGCUUGCAGGUGUCUAUCUCCUAAUGAGUGUAGUCCUUACUUCAGGAAGCUGGAUUUCUGUGCACUUGUACCAAUACAGGAGCUUUCUGCUUGAAGAUUGGACCAGUAGUAUGGUGUAAAAACAAUGCAAUGAGACCAAUUUCUUUAAAUCUCAGCAAGUCAGAGGAGGUGUUUUCAGAGUUCUUCAUCCAAUUUUAGCGUGUCUUUGUGUAACGGGUGCCCUCCAGCAAGGGAUUCUACCAGAACAGUACUCCUAGUUUAUUAUGUUUUAGUUCUGUGCUUGUAAAAAUACCGCUGGCCUAACAUGCACACACAAUUCAAUCUCCUGUGCAUGAGCCUUGUUUAAAUGAAUAGCGUUUGGAUAUGUUGCAACGCAUUCCCACGUGAUAACUCACAGAAUCUGGUUACUGUGGAUGAUCUGUUUUUUGCUGGAUUGUGUACCCAGAAGGCAGGGUUCUGUUUGACAUUCAGAAACAGCUGUUUGCUUUCUAUUCCCACCCUACCUGUUCACUGAAUUCCAUAGGUUUUUAAAACACACCUUUAAAAAUCUCCCUAAACAACUCUCUGGCACUUCAACAUAGGUUUGAUCCCGAGAGGGGAUGAAUUUGCAUUCUGAUUAAAUCUGGUGUGAAAAAACACAGUUUUGAUGCUUAUGCACUGUCCCAUUCCUUCUAAAUUAGGGAUACAAAACCUAUAUCUAACCCAGUUUUACUGUAAAACAAACCAUGACGGAGGCUGUUUAAAUGCUCCUCUCUCCUAACCAGUGACCUAUGCAAAUAUAUUUCUGAGCUUAAUCCGUGUCCACAUUUAAGUAGUAGAGGGUUAUUCGGACGUGAAAGAAAAUUCUUGUCUAUGCCUGUCUUCCAUUGUAUCAUUUCCCAACCCUCUUUGGUCAUGUGACCACGGCUUAGUGAAUUCCUGUCGUUUAUCUGGUUUCUGGAAAGUCUGCAGUUAUCCAAAUUUCUGUAAAACUAUUGCUUCUUGAUUUGCCAUAGACCUGUAGAGAUACCAGACACUGUUUAUUGUUGGGAUAGGAUAUCUCUAAGAGAAAAUGCUGAUGGGCCAGGCUGUAAUGUGUGUCUGUGUUGUGUUUUUUUUUUUGUUUGUUUUUUUUAUAACCCUUUCUAAUGAAGCUAAGGGGGGGCAAGCCACCUAAGUGGUGGUUCUAACACUAUAGGGUCAGGAAUACAUAUUUGUCUUCCUGACCCUAUAUUGUUCCUUUAAUUAAUAAAUCCGAAAAGGUGAAGAUAUGGUUUUGGGACGCUCUUAGCCAUGUUGUAAAACAAUAUGAUGUCGAAGCUAUAGACAUAUUCUCCUAAAGAAGCCUUUCAUUAAAUUAGUUUUAUACUGACAUUCUAUCUUGCAUCAUGCAGUUCCAUGCACAAGGAAAGGUUUAGUACUACAAGCAAAGAUGUAAGGGUAAAGGUGGUAUCUAGUUGUUAAAGGACCACGGUUUGUUUUCCUGGCAUUAUAGGGUCAUUAGGUCUCUCCCACCCUCAGGGCCCCCCUCCCGCUUGGCUGAAGGGGUUAAAACUAUAGAGUCCCUAUUAAGCCACUUACCUUUCUCCAGCACCGGGCUCGCACGGCGCUGGCGAACUCUCCUCCUCCCUCUGCCGAAAGCGCAUGUGCUGCAAGAGCUGUGCGUGCGUUCAAACUGCCCAUAGGAAAGCAUUACUCAAUGCUUUCCUAUGGAUGUCCAGCGUCUUCUCACUAUGUUUUUCACAGUUAGAAUCGCAGAAGCGCCUCUAGCGGCUGUCAGUGAGACAGCCACUAGAGGCUGGAUUAACCCUCAGUGAAACAUAGCAGUUUCUCUGAAACUGCUAUGUUUUCAGCUGCAGGGUUAAAACUAGAGGGACCUGGCACCCAGACCACUUCAUUGAGCUGAAGUGGUCUGGGUGCCUAUAGGGGGUCAUUUAAAUCGUAUAUCGGCAAAUAUUCUAGGGAUUGGAGUAAACUCUGAUAUAUUUAUGAUAAUUAUUUUAAUGUGGUUUUGCAUUGCUUUUAAUCCUAGCAAUAGUAGCGUCCGUUCUCCUGUAAAAGCAACAGAUUUGUAGCAGCAGUACAGUGUGAGGAUAUUCCUUGUACGUUGAAACUUUGUGCAGAUACCAAGGACGAGUAUCAAGAAGUCCAGCCCUGCAAAUUCUUAGUGAUGUGAAGGAAAUGUGCUUUUUGAGACGUUUUGUUUAGUGCAUCUUAGCUGUUUCUCAUAUUCAUUCGGAGCUUGUACUGUUUGCGUUUCGUGCAUGAGUUAAUGUUUUGAGUGCCUGCAUGGUAUGAAGUAGCUUCGGACCAGCACUGACUUCCAUAUAUAUUGCAGGCAAAGAGAGGUCCACUUUGUGGGACCAGAUGCAAUUUUGGGAAGAUGCUUUUCUUGAUGCUGUCAUGUUGGAGAGGGAAGGCAUGGGUAUGGAUCAAGGACCCCAGGAGAUGAUUGAUCGGUGAGUCUUCUGUUGUUGGUUCUUCUUCUGUAAACCAUUUCGUGUGGACCCUGAUACUGGAUGUGCUAUUCUGUCUUUUAAGGUACUUCUCCCUCGGUGAUCAUGACCGUAAACGUCUUGAGGAAGAUGAAGAUCGUCUCUUGGGAACUCUACUGCACAACAUGGUAUCCUACAUGGUGAUGAUGAAGGUUAGAGCUGCGUGUGCAAUCUAUACACCUUAGUAUAAAGGUGUAACACCUUUACACCUUGGCCCAAAAAGUUAUCCUUCUAACUUUAUAGCAUAUUUAGCACUCUAUGAGCCUCUUGUAGAAGACAGAAAGUGUAUGAGCAUGUGUGUGUAUGCUCAAAACAAGAGUGAAUACCAAAUUGUCCUUUUGACCUAGUGCAUGAGUCUGUUCUUCAGUAUUGUAUAAUAUUAACAGUUGCAUGCUUUUAAAAGCUUGACAAAAAAUAAAAUUUUUGGGUGUUGCUGAGCUAAUAAGGCAAUGGUUUCCAGAUUUAAUAAGAAAUUAUUUUUUAAUCUGCAACAAUCAGAUUGAUUCUGUCACAAGGUAACAUCAAGAACCGUUCUACCCAUCUAAGAUCUUUGUCACACCUUGUAAUAGACACCAAAAUUGUCUAGAAUACAGUAGGGUCUGCUUUUACCCUUGGACAUUUUUCUCCUCUGUCUCCUUUAGGUGAAUAAGACAGAUCUCCGGAGGAAGGUCAGGCGUCUCCUCGGAAAAUGUCACAUUGGCCUAGUUUACAGCCAAGAGGUCAACGACCUCCUGGACAAAGUGACCAAUUUGGUAAGAAAGCCAUGGUUUGUGAGAAGCAAUUCAUGAUAAAUGUGAAGUGUGUGAAACUGUAUGAAGCAAAGAGUUAGGAAGCUGUUCUUCACUAAUUAUCUCAAGAGAGCAUUACUCUGGUAUUUAAUGGAUAAAGCCAUCAAAGUAAAGACUUGCUCGAUCUUGUUAGGGGCUAGUGAUCUGAUCAAACUAAUUUUAUUUCUCUGUUCUAAAGUGGAACAUCUCCAUUUGGUGACCCCAAAAAACUGUAAUUAAAAAAAUACAAAUUUUAUAUGUUAAUGUGAUCAUUUUUAAAUUCUAGGAAUCUUGUAGUCCAGUAGCAAUAGACAUUUCUACUUAAAUAUAUCUGGGUAGUGUCCUUUCAAUCCUGUUAAAGUGCUGUAAUUUACUCCUGUAUUCACAGAAUGGCCGUGAGUUAAACAUUCGCCCGAGCGGAAGCCGUCACAUUAAGAAGCAGACAUUUGUGGUGCAUGCUGGGACAGACACAAGUGGGGACCUUUUCUUUAUGGAGGUGAGAUAAUUAAGAAUCCUAUUACUCUGUGCUAUGCUUACCCUGCAAUUUUAGAUGUAGUCCACACCUUCUGGAGUGAUUGAUCCCUUAUUGUAACAUUUAGUAGCAUAAAAAGGAACACUCCAGGUGUAAAGUGAUGGUUGCAUAGGUAAGCAGCAGUGAGCUUUGCUUAGACCAGAAAGAGGCUGUGCCAAUCAGAGAGCCUCAUUUUGUUCUAUGAGGUCUGAUCUAAUCCCAUGACAUUUUUGUUGUAUUUAUAAACAUAGUAUAUCUCAUCUAGAAUAGAAUUUCUGCUGGGGAAUGACCUAUGUAACCCAUGAACCCCUCUUGCACAGGGGAAACAUGGGUAAAUCUUGUAUGGGGGAAAUAAAAGGAAAAAUCUCUUCAAUACUAGGUACAAUGAGACCAGGGCAGAGGAUCUCCCUGUGCAACAGUUGUGGCAUUAUUCAGAGUAACUCUUGGAAAUUAUUGUUAUUUAAGUGUUGAUACCAUGUUACCCAUAGUGUUUUAUGGGUUUGUCAGUUAUCUUCCCUGAUAUGUUAUAUAAUCCAGCAGUCUAUGAUCAGUCCUUUGCAACUGGCAGUCAGCAUAGAGAAAACGCACAGAGAAGAGGAAAAAUGAAACCAUGUUUCUAUUUUCCCUCCUCAUUUGCAUAGUGUGCCUUGGCUGUGCCUGGAAUCAACAGGUUUGUAAUGUAAUUUGCUAAAUCUUUAAUUCCAAACGGAGCAUUACAUGUAAAAGGUAACCAAGUGAUUUUCAGUGGUUUAAUUUCCAGAGACAUGAGGGUUCCAUCUCAAUCCCUUCACUAAAACGAUUCUGUUGACACCGACCGCAAAGACCUGCAUCCAUUCAGUCUGUUCUGUUUUCUAUGUCUCUCAGGUCUGCGAUGACUGCAUCGUACUGCGCAGUAACAUCGGAACAGUGUAUGAACGCUGGUGGUACGAGAAACUCAUUAACAUGACCUACUGUCCCAAAACAAAAGUGCUGUGUCUGUGGAGGAGAAAUGGACAGGAAACACAACUCAACAAGUUCUUCACUAAGAAGGUGGGCCCCCAUUCAGAUGGAGAUAAAUGGCUAAUAAUGAUGCUAAUCGAGAGAUAGGCGGCUCAUAGAGACAAUUGUUGAGCUAGCAGAGCUUCAAUUCCCAUAUUUUGUAAUAUUUGGCACUGGGAAACUUAUCAUAAAAUCACUUACUGUAUUGAUUUACAUUUUCCUAUACAUCAUUAAUGUUUUAAAUUCUUUCUCACCCAUUUAAAAUAGUUUAAUUCUAUCAUUUGCAUAAUUUUAGUGAGUUAAAUAUUGCAUUUUUGAGCCGUCACUCUUUAAUAUUCUAUUUACUGACCUGUAUAUUAACAAAGUGUUUGUGAGGUUUAAAACAUUAAAAAUAAACGUAUAAAUAAACAGCACUGUUUGGGGUAAUCACUAAAGUUAAAAUUGCUGCAAAUUCAGAGUGAAAUUAAAAUGUAAGGCCAAGACAGCCAAUCUAAAGACCACUGAUUUGGAGAAUUUUUUUAAGUUGUCUAUUUUGGCCUUCAUUUUAAAAUGUAUUUUGAAUUCCUAGCAAUUCUCUCUCUAGUAAAUAACUCUGUGUAUUGUUUUUUUAUCACAUCACAUGGAGUAAAUGAUGGUUCCCUUUUAUACAGUUCUAAAAAAUCGUCAUGAUGGUAAUUGAAUCUGGUAUCUAAAUGCCCCUAUCAUCCUUUAUUGUUCACGUGCUAAAUCUUAGAUCGGAGUUCUAGUUUCACGGAAGGUUUGAUUCUGUUCUCCCUUGUUUCACCUUUCAGUGUCGAGAGCUGUAUUACUGCGUAAAAGAAAGUAUGGAACGAGCUGCAGCGCGGCAACAAACUAUUAAACCAGGUGAGUCAAACACGAUUUCUUUAGUCUGUAGAUGGCAUGAUAACUCCUUUUUGUUUAGAAGAAACAUGAUUUGUAAAUUCUCUCCUCCCUGUGCCAUCAAGUUGUGAGCCCCCACACCCCUCUCCUGACACCGGUGCAGUACGGUUAUUGUUUAUUUCUAGGGGUAUGCUCAUUAUACCUGAUUGGGUUUGUGAAUUGACUCUUUGAUUGCCACAGGUGCUCUCCAAAAGGUUAAACUUGUCCUGCCAGUAGAGCGUUGGUGACCCGCACUUACAUAUCUUUUCUCACUGAGGUGAAGGGAACAUUAAUGGGGAUUUCUUUUAUACUCCAUUAUAUUGUAAGGACGUGGCAUUUAAAAUGAUUCACAUAUCUCCAGCAUUUGCAGGCUGUCCUUGCUGUUCCGUUUUUGGACAGCUUUGGAUGUAUAACACCAUUUGACAGUGGACAGUUUGAUGGCACCAAGGACUCCUAAUAUCGUAUUACAAUAAGCUGUAGUGGUUAUGGUACUCUGAUCUUUAAAAUCUCAGCUGUUGCAGUCUCUGGAAGCUUGAUAUCUGCAGCAAUGUACUUGCUCUACAGCCCCUGUCCUUCUUUGACCUUUUAUUUCUUUCCGUUUCUAUUCAAGGCCCAGAGCUUGGUGGGGAGUUCCCUGUUCAGGAUAUGAAGACUGGAGAAGGGGGGCUCCUGCAAGUUACCUUGGAGGGAAUUAACCUGAAAUUCAUGCACAGUCAGGUAUGAGGGGAGCGUGGAACUGGGAAGAGCAGUUGUGUGUGAUUGAGUUCAGGGUUGACUAGGGGGUGGAAGGAGGCAGAUCAAGGUGUAGAUGUGAAGUUUGUGUUCUGUGUGUUCUCCUUUUUAUGUGCAUAAAUCAUGGAGGGCUGGAUCUAAAAGCGUUAGUGCUUGCUUUGUGGAGUUACUGUUCGCUUACCAUAGUAUGCAUGGUGUGUGUCCAAGGCCUGGCUGGGUGAUUUCAGCAUCAUGGAGUAUGGAUUCAGUCUGCUGCUGCCGCCUCUGAAUACAGAGUGAUACCUGGGUGUGUAUGCAAGAUGGUGUGUUUGGGUCAUGCACUGCAUUGCGGGUAAUUGUGCUAGCUGCAGUGUGCCGGGUACCCCAUGUUUUAAGAUCCCUUUUACCUCUCAGUCUGUUUCCUUUGCUUGCUGAAGCUGUGUGGCACUCGUGCUGUCUCUGCUCCAUCUUGCUCUCUGCCUGCGGGAAGGGGGGAGGGUGAUGCUGUCUCUUUGUUAACCCUUUCCUGGCUCAGGCUGACCUCUCCCAGCGCUGACACUCCAUAUACAGCUCAUCUUCAAGUCACCUGUGAAAGGGAGGGGGUGUAAAUUUCAGGUCAUUGUUUGGGAGGAGGCGGGAGUUUCUGCAAGUCACAACAAUGUCACCCAGGGAGCAAAGGUCUUUCUGUAAAAUUUAGAAAACCAUUGAUAUGUUAUUUUGGAAGACAAGAGCUGGAUUAUGAAACACCAUUGCUUAGUAUUAAAGGGAGGAUUAAUCCAGAGGACUGUAACAGGCCUACUUGGAUACUAGUAGUUCAUUGUGUUACAAUAUGCUCUUGAAACAGACCAUAAUGGCCCCCUCGAUGCAGUAAGGGCAGCGCCUGCGCUCCGUGCUAGGUGAGGAGCAGGGACGGAUUUGACAAUGGGGGCUUCGUCUCCUGGCUCCCCAUGUCGAUGUCUUGGUCUGGGCUGUGUGUUGCUUGGGUAGGAAGUUGUGGUAUCGCUGUGUCACUAACCGUCUCAUUUCUCUCCCAUGCUCACUCCUCCUGCAAGGAGCGGAAGGUACUCACUCUGCCGCCAUCUUUGCUUUCGCUGCUCCCCCCCUUUCCCGAGCUGUCUGUGCUGCCUCCUGUCUAACCUUCAAUUCCUCCCCCCCCGGCUUUAGUUAUGGUUUAUCUCCUGAUAAUUUUGCUGUGUUAGGAUGCGUCUUCCCCAUUAUUCCAAAGCUGUUUUCCCUCACACAUCAACUGUGUUACAGAAAUGUGAAUUCCACUGGAUAUCGCAGACAUCAAAAAUUAACCUGUGCCUUCUGUCUCUCUCCCUGUUCCUCACAAACUUUCUCCCUGUCCCCUUCCUGUCCUUUUCUCAUCCUAUCAUCCCAUAACACUCUCUUGCUCGUCCUUCAUUCAUCUUCCCAUGUUUCAUUUGUUUCAAUCCUUCUCCUGUCUGAUGCUUAAUUACUAUAAUUUUACUGGCAUUACGGUCUGCAAUCUCUCUAUUUCUCCUUUUUUAAACCUUCUAUCAAUGCUUAAAUUUCACCAUCUCUGUUUUAAUAUCACCCCCUUAAUCUCCAAUGUAACCCUUCUUCCGUUACUCUUUUAAUAUCUCCCCUUCCUCAUAUACAUUGCCUCCGUCUUUACAUCUUUUACAUCUUCCCCUCUCUGUCUACCCACUCCUAAUGCCUACAUCCCUCUCAAACAUUAUAUUUGUCUUCACAAUGCUACUCUUUCGUUUAAACAUUCUCCAAUCUGUCUAUCCUUUCUUUAAAUUCUGUUCACUCCCUUAAUCACUAUCUCUCUCUCCUUGCAACACCUCUGAUUUGCUUUUAACGUUUUUAUCUCAUCCCUCCUUCACUCUUUCUUCUAAUUCUCGCAAUCUUUUACUUCCCCUCUCUUUCCUUCCCUCCUCCUCCUCCCGUCUCUCUGUUCCUGUCCCCCUCUCUCCUCUAGGUUUUCAUACAGCUGAAUCACAUAAAAAAGUGUAACACUGUACGGGGUGUCUUUGUCCUGGAAGAAUUUGGUAAUUACCAUCCUUUUGCUGCUAGGUCUGUAUUUUCACGGCAGUAACUCAGGGUCCGAGGUGCUAGACCUACAGAGGAUGUGGACUGUCUCAGGCCGGGAUGUUCACGUGUGGGUUCUCUGAGUUACUGCUGUGGUUUUUAUUUUUUAUGCAUAACAUCCCUGUGGCAGCCAUGAAAACCUUCCUUCUCCAGAUCAGGUAAUGUUCAGCCUGGAAAGUGCCCCUUCUUCUCUAGGGAGCACUCAGUUUGUUAAGAAUACCAGUGGAAUUAUUGCACUAUAUAUGAUACACACAUGGUACCCCUUAGAUAAUCACUGCUGGACUUUCUAGGUACAAACAACUUUACAUUACUCACUAAACGGGAUUUUAAUGGAGACUCAACCAUUCAGUAUGUCUGGGACUAGGUCUUCUUAUUUGUUUCCUGGCAUCAGCCCCGAGUAUCAAUGAGUGGCGACCCUCAUUGUGUUCUGGAGUUAGACAGACAGGCUAUUUUACUGGCGGUGUCAGAUACGUAUACAUUGGGAUACCCUGAAUUAAAUUUAAUUUACAGAUUUACCAGCCAUUAGAUCACCAUUAACGUUACAUGAAUUGUAAAUAUCCCAAGAAUACACUAAUUUAGGAAUUUAGGUACACCUGUUUAUUAAAGGACCACUAUAGUGCCAGGAAAACAUACUCGUUUUCCUGGCACCAUAGUGCCCUGAGGGUGCCCCCACCCUCAGGGACCCCCUCCCGCCCGGCUCUGGAAGGGGGAAAGGGGUUAAAACUUACCUUUUUCCAGCGCUGGGCGGAGAGCUCUCCUCCUCCGAUCCUCCUCUUCUCCCCCGCCGGCUGAAUGCGCACGCGCGGCCAAGGCCGGUCACAUAGGAAAGCAUUCAUAAUGCUUUCCUAUGGACGCUGGCGUGCUCUCACUGUGAAAAUCACAGUGAGAAGCACGCAAGCGCCUCUAGUGGCUGUCAAUGAGACAGCCACUAGAGGAAAUAGGGGAAGGCUUAACCCAUUCAUAAAAAAUGGGUUAACCCUAGCUGGACCUGGCACCCAGACCACUUCAUUAAGCUGAAGUGGUCUGGGUGCCUAGAGUGGUCCUUUAAGGCAAAUGGCUAAAUCAUUCCAAAUGCAGCUCAAGGCACUAUAUAAAACAUACAGAGAUGGUCAGGAGGUUUAGUACUAGAUCAUUGUCAUUCUCUGCGUGAUGAUUCUGAAAAUGGAGACAAUCAAAUUUCGAAACAUCUGAAGGACAAAUGUAAAUUUUGUCGUUUCACAGAAACAUCAAUGUUUUGUAUUGGAAAAACAUCUAUGCACCAAAACCACCACUUCUUUAAAAUGAAGUGGUGUUGGUGCUUAAAGUGUCCCUUUAAAAAAGUGAUCACUGAGUGCAUAUCAUAACUGCUGAAUUGUUUGUCAUUUUAACACCGCAAUGGAAGAAUUAUUCACUCUAUUGAUUAAUGUGAAGUUGUUCUGGUAACCGGUUCUGCAUAAAAUCUGCAAUAGGGUUUUUGCAGUCUUUUACUUUUCUAUAUUUUCUUCAAAAACCAAGUUGCUAGAGAACCACAUUAAAAUAAAUAUUUCUUUAAUUUAAUUUAUAUAAUUGGGUGUACUUGCUCUCAAACUAUUAAUGAGCCCCAACGUACAUGUUCUUCUGCAAGGUGCAGAGAAUCAUGGGAAGAGCUUUUCUUAACACCUUAAGGACACAUGACGGGAAUAUUCCAUCAUGAUUCCCUUUUAUUCCAGAAAUUGUGUCCUUAAGGGGUUAAUCUCCUGAGGAACAUUGGGUUCUCUUACUCCGCUCUGACAUCUCCAGAUCUUGUUUCUUACACUGGUUUAGGGCCAGCACAAUGUUGUCAGUUUCAAUUCCAUAGUCUAUCAUGUUUACCGUUAAAUAUUCAAUUUGCUUAUUCGACUAAAUUUAACAUCACUGUUCAUUUUGUCAAUCAGAUCUGAAUGGAUAACAAAGGUAUCUCCUUGUCUUUAAAUAGAAUGAUGUAAACAGAGGGACACACAACAAACCAGUCUGUAGACAUUACAAAUAAACAAAAUAGAAUUUAUUGAUACUACCCUCAUAACUUGUGUAUUAUUUAAUAUUCUUACAGAAAACGAUGCUUGAAUUGCAAAGCUCUGGUUGAAUAGUAUUUAAUAUAGUAAUCUGCUUAUUUAUAUUUUAAACAUUGUAUUUGUGAGGUAUGACAAAUAAAACUUAAUAUAGGAAUCCACACCUGUCCAUCCUGCAGUGAAAUGCCCCCAUCUAAGCUCAAUUGCCAUGCUUGUUAGCCCUUUACCCCUGGCAGUCCGCAUACAAAGAGCACACAGCGGAUCAUGGGAAUAGCUGAAAUGAAGCAGUGUUUCUCUUUAUUUUUUGCAAUGUGUGCCUUGACUGAACUUGAUUGUGAUGUCCAUUGCGAAAUCUUUAGUCUAAAUUUAUAGGAAAUUGGAUCAUCACAUGAACAAAGAGUUUAACACACGUUCUAGACGAUUUAUCAAUGUUUUAAUCAGUGCUGUAAUCUCCAGAGAAGUUACUGUUCCCUUUAAGUGAACACACAGACUAUAUCCAAUGUUCCCUCUAAGUUUAUCAUUGCAGUCAUAAGGGAAUAUAUAUCCAAAUCUUGGGAGAUAUUUAUUCCACAACUGCAGUACUGUUUGGGUUAUGGUGAGCAGUCCAGCGCUGAUGUAUUUAGAUAAUUUUCAUUCUGUAAACACCUAGAAAUAACUGCACAGCAAGCUCUGGAAACUGCCUUUGACAUUGGAUGUAGUAUUUUAACUACAUCCCAAGAGGGAACUCAUGUCAUAUUUCAUGAUACCGUGUUUGAUAGCCAUUCAAUAUUCCAUUGCGAGAGACUAAGACUUUGUGUUAUAAUUGACCUUGCUUUCCUGGGUGUAUUGUUCUACUUGCUACUCUGGUGACUUGGAUCUCCCAAUGUUGUCUUCUCUGUGACUGUCUUCUCCCCUGGGCAUGACUCUGUGGCCUAUCCCCUUUCCUACUCCUGGUUGGGACACCUACUGACCUGUCUUCCACUGCUGAUGUCUGUUUUCUCGCUGUGUUUUGAACUCUCUUGUUUUGUGUCCGGUUUUAGUUCCUGAAACUAAAGAAGUGGUGAGCCAUAAAUACAAGACCCCCAUGGUAAGUAAUCACCAGCCCCACCAGCAUUGUCGUACUCAAUCAACUGAAACUGUGUGAGGGGAGUUAAAGGUCUAAAUGUAGGGCACCGUUAUCAUAAAAACGAGGCUUAGCGACAAUUCUUUUAGUUCAUUAUGUAUGGGGUAUUUUCUUCCUUGUUAUCAAUGACAAAUGGUUUAUUUUCAAAGCAAUUGUAUUCAUUGUUCAGUGAUAACCAAGUGAUGUUUCAUGAAGAGGCUAAUUCUCUGCUUAAAAAAAAUAGAAUGUGAAGGCUGAUAAGAACCAAUCGGCACAUCUAGUCUGCUUGCCCUAAGGAUAUCAGGUAUUCACACUGCCUUCCAGCUGUGGAAUGAGCCAGUGAUUACACGGAAACCAUUUAUAAAAAGUAGUUCUUGGGUAAAGUUCUAAAAGUGGAGCUAUCGCAUUGAAUGCCAGUUACAGUUCUUGUUGACUGCUCUACAUUUGGACCUUUGUCUCGGAACAAUGUAUUUAUUAUUAAUCUUUCCUGUGUGACCUUGCUCACGUUGUGAUGCGCAUAUAAUGGAAUCUGAACCGUAGUCAUACAAAUAGUAGUCCCAACAUGGAGACCGGACUGUCGGGCUGGGGACCUACCUAUGGAGAUAACACAAAAGUACAACACAUUCAAAUAACAAAUGUCCAAUAUACCCAACUGGGCAUGUCCGACAAUGUGAAUCCCCUCUAAUGAAAAAAAAAAAUAGUUUAUUAAAAAGAACAUAAAAUAAAUUUAAAGGGACUCACCAUAAAUACCAAACAGUUAGAAUUGGGCUGCAACACAAAUAAGGGGGAGGUGGAAAUGCAUGCAGAUAACUGAGGUACAUACACUUAACUCAUAGAGAGGUCCUCUAAACAAGAAGAGUGCUUCUUGCAACUAAAAAUGGCAUUAAAUCAUUUCACAGUAGGAGCAAUUCACUUGAGCCCAGUAUGAGUUACCCCCUUGGGCUACAAAGAGCUACAAUGUAUCUCUUAGUAUAAUCGAGUACAAAUUGUAUCCUAAUUACUGAGAAAGCUCUUCAAGUGAUAUCUAAAUGGAAAUAAUACAGAAUAACAUGGAUUUAUAAGCACAGACCUGUUUAAGCUACCUCUGUGAUGUCAUAUUCUAUACUUCAUAUGUCUGAGAGAAAAGGAGCGAAAAUAUCCAGAAAUGACUAUAUAUGCAGUGAAUCCCAUGGUCGCUCCUAAAAAAUAAAUCUCUCGAGAAUACUACCCCAUGCCAGCCAAAAUAUGGUGAUUUAACUUAAAGGGACCUUAUAGUAACCAAAACAACUUUAGCUGAAUGAAGCAGUUUUGGUGUAUAGAUCAUGUCCCUGCAGUCUCACUGCUCAAUUCACUGCCAUUUAGGAGCUCUAUCGCUUUUGUUUCUGUUUAUGCGGCCCUAGCCACACCUCACCAGGCUGUAACUGACACAGUCUGCAUGAAAAAAACUUUUAUUUUCAAUCAGCUGUAAUUUACUUUAAAAGUUUUUUUACUCCUGCUCUGUAAAUCGAAGUUUAAUUGCACACAUGAGGCUCCUGCAGCGUCUAACAAGCUAUUAACAGAGUAAGAGAUAAGAAAUUCUAAAUUAAACUGAAUUUGCAAUAAAGGAAGUGUAAACCUUACAUCUCUCUUUACAGGAAGUAUUUGGUAAGGCUUUGUAAGUCACAUGCAGGGAGGCGUGACUAGGGCUGCAUUAAAAAAGUGAUUUAACGCCUAAAUAUUAGAGAAUUGAGCAGCGAGACUGCAGGGUUACUUUCACUUAAAUAUGAGUGCCAUUAAAAUGAUUUCAGGCGCUGGGGGUAGUUGCACAUUCUUUUUAAUUAAUUAAGCGCCAAUCCACCAUUUCUCUGUCUUGUUCUUAUUCUGUCAAUAAAAAAAACUGAUUGUUUUGGGGUAUAGAAAAACAUUUUUGUCCAAAACUGUAGCUAGUGGUCUGGCCUCCAGGUUCCUACAUAGAAUUGCGGUGACUGUUGGUAGAAGAGUAACACUGGUAACUAUCUCCUCACUAUAAAUUGUUCCUUCUUGCUUUUCUCAGGCCCACGAAAUCUGCUAUUCCGUCCUUUGUCUCUUCUCCUACGUGGCGGCCGUCAGAGGGAAGGAGGCAGAGAUAAAGAGCAGACCCCCGCGACCUGUGUCCAGCUGACCUACCCUUUACGAACACAACCUUGAAACACGUAUUACUCCCUGUUGCCCCCUCCCACGAGCCGGUUCUGCUGACCACUGCUACCUGGGUUUGCUGUUGAUGACAUUCCCUCCUGUAUUGACUACUCACCAUCACUACUGCUUUAGUGUUGUGUGCUUUGUGUGUUACUGGCGUCUGUGCAAGGACUACAGCUCAGCUCUUCCAGACUCACAUGUUCUCUCUUUCCAUGGUUCCUCCAACCCCCUUCCUCCCUUUACUCAAGAUCAUAUUGUGUAUUAGUGUUAUUUGUGCUGACUGGUAGCAUAUAGGGUCACAUAAGGCUGCUUUAGGGCGAGCGAGGGAAACCGCAGGCUUUGCCCUGACACCCUGUGUCUCUGCUCUGAAUGGUUAAUCCACUACAGAAUACCCACCUGCUCGCUUGGCAGUAUCUUCCUGGGUUCCCUGGGAACUUAGUGGGUUAACAUUGGCUGCUGAUUUUGAAGUAGAUUGGGACCCACAUGGUGCGCUUUGUAAAUAUUCAUUACAUAAAUCCACCAGCUGUCCCUAUCCCUCGCACUGCCCGCAGCUUUAUGGGCACCGAGAUGUAAAUAUCCAGGUCUUUCUUAUUUAUAGAAAUCUGUACAGUUCCUGAAUGUGCAAUAAACAUGCAUCUUGAUGCUUUUUCUUUGUGUUUUGCAAUUAUUGUUU